ACUGUAUCUCCAGCUCUCUUGGAGGCUGGGCUGUUAUUGUCUGGGGCCACAGGGCGCAGGCGCCUGUACAGUCCCUCCCUCUGCAGCUUCUACUACAAGAGGCUGGGACAGAGCCUGGUGGUCACCCAAAUCCUCAUCUUCAAGCACAGUCCUCACAUCUUCUAGUGCACCAGGUCACCUUCCAUUGACAAGACAUGGCGACCCCACUCACAGACAGCGACAAGAGGAAGCAGAUCAGUGUGAGGGGCAUUGCAGGGCUGGGAGAUGUGUCUGAGGUCAGGAAGAGCUUUAACAGGCAUCUCCACUUCACCCUGGUCAAGGAUAGGAACGUGUCCACCCCAAGAGACUACUACUUCGCCCUGGCACACACUGUCAGGGACCACCUGGUGGGGAGAUGGAUCAGAACCCAGCAAUAUUACUACGAGAAGGACCCCAAGGUAAAUGCAAUCUUGCAGUAGUCAGUGGGUAUAAACACCAUCAUCCAUCUUGCCAUGUAGCAUCUCAUUAAAAAAGGAUGCAAGAAAAUGCAAUAACAGAGGAGGAGGUGGAGGAGGAGAGGCUGUGUUUUCACUCCUUUUCUACAAAAUUUAACAACCUCCCUCACCCCCCCCCUUCCCCCCAUUGGCAACAGAAUAUAAAAUGUAUCCCACAUCCAGGCUUGACUAAAAACAUCCUGGUGCAGGCAUUGUACUGCAAUAAUAAUAAUAUUGAUAAAUCAUAUUAAUGGAGAUAAAAUAUAAUAAAGACAGAAUAAUUUAUUUCAGACGAUGGGCACUCUGUACUGUUGGUUAGACAUGUUAAAAUGAUACAUUGUUGGUAGUUUUGCGGGGUAUGCUGUUGCUAUGUUGUGUUUACUGCAGUGGUAACUAACUGUAUUGUAUAAUUCUAAGGUAACUGUGCAAGAGAGCACUUCAUUUCUUUUUGCAUGGAUUGUUUGCUGAGCCAUUUCUAUUUGCAGAGUGUAUGAUCUAUGACUUCAUCUGGCAGUACAGGCUCCAGGAUACAGCAAUGGGGCAUGUGACCAUACAGCAAUUAAAUGUAUCCAUAUAUACCUACCUAGAAUAAUAUGUCUCUUUUUGAGCAUACUGUAUUAAUGCAUUUAUAGGUUAACCCUGCUCACAACCCCCUGGUGUAUUAGUAUAUGUAUUUAGAUAUGUAUUUGUGUGUGUGUGUAUGUAUAUAUAUGUAUAUAUGUAUGUAGAGGAUUAAACAGUGCUGUGAGGCCUGUUAGUGUGGCUGAAGGUAGCUCAGCAACAAAUCCCUAUGUCAUUUCUUCUAUAUGCCCUUGAAGAAGUCAUUCUCGCAUCUUGUGGGUCUGUCCCUGCAGUAAGACUGGUAGUGCAGCAAUGCACAUACUGUGACAUCAUGUUUACUUCUGAAUAGGGAGAUUCAUUUACAGCUAUUCAAUAUUAUUUCAAUAGGUGCAAUUUGAACCUCUUCUUUAAAAAAGAACGUGCCCAGCCUUUUUUUAUUAUAUAUAUAUCUUUUUUUUUAUAGAAUUUAAGGUUUUUAUUAAUUUUAGUCUAGCCUUAUAAAACAGGAUUAGUUGAUGUCACCUUUAUUUAAAGGAACAUUAUUCAAUGAUACAAAACUAAGGACUGCAACAUGAUAGUAAAUUAGUAUCACACUGACCUAGGCCUUUCCCCUCCUUAUUUUAUUGGGCCUGAAUGAAGCAAUAUGGACUCUAAGCUUGUACAUAAUCUGUAUAUAUGACACUUCCGCCUAGAUUCCAGUAAGAGUUCCAUCGAUUGAUCUAUGAUUGGUACUCCAAUUCUGACCUCCUUUAGAAAAGUCUCAAUAAAACAUUCAUACAGUACAUUUUUCGACUAUCUAUGAGUCACCUUGCAUUUGAGUAUUGCUUCAGUGGCUGGGAAUGAUUAGAGUGGCCUCCCUCAGUGCCCCACGUUGUCUUCUCAAAUAUGCCACAUUUAGGAUUUUAGAAGAAAACUGUUGCUUGUGUUCCUAUAUAUCUAUGUAGAUAGGAUCAAGACAGUUAUCUUUCUGUAGUUCAAAAACUGUAAAGACUAAAUUGUAGCGAACUGUAAUCCCAAUAAGUAAAAUAAACAUAUUUGGCGCCCAUGGACUGAUAAUGCCACACACACUACAAUGACUUGUAGUUGCUGUGAUGCUUAGAUUUCCCCUUUAAUUUUAGACAAAAACAGCUUAGUUUGUAAAUGUAUUCUUCCUCAGCAAUUAUUGCAAUUCUUGUAUACCUUAUAUAGUAAGGAUUAUUCAUUGGGAUUUGGCAGGGAAUUGAACAUUUAACACCCAAUUGGAGAAUUUCUCCAACUCCAUUACAUUUCAGCUCAUCAAAUUAGCCAUUCUCUGGUCCUUUACUGGUUUAAUGAAUAUCCCUUUUAAUCGUUCUGUUACGGUGGUGAUGGAAAUUCUUGUAUUUACAACCAAAUUGGCAAUACAGGGGAGCAAUUAGCUAAGUAAAUUAAUGUUGCCAUCCCAAUCUGCUCCAAGUGACAAUGAGAAUAAGCCAUGAUGACAUUGUCAUGGACAUCCUCCCUCAGCUCAAUGCAAUGUCUAUAUUUGGUAUGAUGAGUCAGCUGUGUGAAUUGUAUUUGUACCCACAGUGUAAAAAAUUUAUGCUUUCUGUUCAUUUGAAUCUUAUCUUCUAAAAACGCAUUUGUGUGUAGUAAAUUUACCUAGUUCUCUUACAUUUAAUCCUAUUUUUCUUUAAUAAGUAGUUUAUUAUUACACUUAAAUUUUUCUCUUUUAGUACUAUUUGAUCCAGAGUAUGCUUUUUUUAAAGCAGACAUUUGAAAUAGGUUGAGUUUGCAUAUCUCAGUUUGCAAAUAAUACAGAUAAGCACACACCUACAGUUUCAAAAAUGCAAAUUACAUUAAAAAGAUAAGCUAAGCCUGUCAAUUGAGAAAUUUAGACUGCCUUUUUAAAAAAACCUAUUUAGUCAAAUCCCCAACAUUGAUAAAAUCAUUUAAUUUGUGGGGUUUUAUGGGAGGUACAUACACCACCUCAGGAGGUCUUAUGCAUCUUGCAUGUUUAUACAAAACAAAAAAUUUAAAGCACACAUGUUACUUGUUUUGAAAUGGCACUGCUACAAUGACAAGGAUAAAUGUUGAUUGCUCCUUUAAAUGGACACUCACAACAGUUGUAAUGUUAACACAAUGCUUGGUGACAUCACAUGGGAUAGGAGGGGAGUUAUAUGGUUUGUUCAUGGCUCCCUCUGUAAUGAUAUUCUAAGCAUUCUGAGUCUAUGAAAAAUUAAAAUAACAGAAAAUAAUGUAAUUUAUUUAAAAUACUCUUCAGAUAGGAAUAAUACCAGUUUAACAUACUGAAAAUGAACUGUACAAUAGCUGGGUGACGUAAUGUACAGGCAGAUUGCUAGUCCAUCCCACUAUGCAGUUCUGGACUACUGUGUGACUGUGACAUUCAUAAGAAUCUUAAAUCUAAUUAGGAACUGGCCAUGCAAGGUAAAACCUAUUACACUGCAAUUAUUUAACAAAUAACAUAAUUGUUCUAAGAUGUCCUAAAGGUGUAUUCAGAAACCUGUAAGCUUUGGCAAGUUUUUUUUUACAUACUUUCAACUUCUGCUAAUUAUAUUUUAAAGGGACACUAUAGUCACCUGAACAACUUUAGCUUAAUGAAGCAGUUUUGGUGUAUAGAACAUGCCCCUGCAGCCUCACUGUUCAAUCCUCUGCCAUUUAGGAGUUAAAUCCCUUUGUUUAUGAACCCUAGUCACACCUCCCUGCAUGUGACUUGCACAGCCUUCCAUAAACACUUCCUGUAAAGAGAGCCCUAGUUAGGCUUUCUUUAUUACAAGUUCUGUUUAAUUAAGAUUUUCUUAUCCCCUGCUAUGGUUAUAGCUUGCUAGACCCUGCAAGAGCCUCCUGUAUGUGAUUAAAGUCCAAUUUAGAGAUUGAGAUACAAUUAUUUAAGGUAAAUUACAUCUGUUUGAAAGUGAAACCAUUUGGUUUUUUUUCAUGCAGGCUCUGUCAAUCAUAGCCAGGGGAGGUGUGGCUAGGGCUGCAUAAACAGAAACAAAGUGAUUUAACUCCUAAAUGACAGGGAAUUGAGCAGUGAAAUUGCAGGGGAAUGAUCUAUACACUAAAACUGCUUUAUUUAGCUAAAGUAAUUUAGGUGACUAUAGUGUUCCUUUAAUACUGCUUUUAUUUAAUGUACGGAUCUGCUUUUACUUGUAUUUUUGUUGUCUUAUAGCGUGUUAUGUUAAUGUAAUUAAUAAAAAAAACUAUAUAAAAUAAUAUUGUAUAAGUAAAAUAUUAUUCAGCUAACCCCGUAUUGUGCUGUAGUAUCCAAACUUACAAAGCGUAAUAAAGGUAAUUUUCUAAUCAUGUAUUCAGAACAAUAAUUGUGCAUUGUAGUAUUUGUUCCUAAGUGUAACAGCAAAAUAAUUCAGAGGUUAUUCAGCUAAGAUAACCUGGAUUCAGUGGUGCAGUGUAAAAAAUCUGUGUCGUUUAGAUUAGAAUUAUGGGUUAAUAAAAACCAAAGAAGGGGGUGGGGCCUGACUGUCAUGGAGGGAAGACGUGCCUAGCUGAAGCUCCCUCCUGAACUAAGCUACAGUAGCUAAAAAAGCAUCUCAGACCCACAAGACAUGGCACAAACUGACCCCAAGCGACACACUGACCCUCGGUCUACACGGUAAACCGGUAAUGCGGCCCGUGAACAGAAGACAGACAGCAGGCUAUACCCGCGAAGGCAUGUGGCCGGGUGCGCACUGGAUGGGAGCGGCGGCCGAGAUCUCAACCUGGAGCGGCCCGGGAGCCGAUUACAACGAACGGGCACCCUGCAACCUCCCCCCCCCCCCGGUGGGGGUGAUCCCAGUCCACUACUGGGAGUCCUCCCAGCUAUGGCACACACAAGGGAGGAACAUAUAAGAGGGCUGCAAGGCCCUUCCAAGAUGGCGGAGACCACGCGACCCGCGAGCGGACAUGAAGUACAACGAGCCCCCUUGUCAAGCUUGGAACAAAUAUUUGCAAACUUCUGGCUCAAGCUUGAGCACAGACUGAGACAGGGGACACCGCUACCACCCACCUCUAAACACCCACCAUGCCACCUACCGCCCGACCCACAGCGACAAAUGGCACCCUUGAGUAGGCCCAAAUCAACGAGAAAGCGGCAGAGAGGCAAACAGGCAUGUCACCUAAACAGGGCGGCAAAACGGCGAACACAAACAAAACACAGCACGGGCAAGCCACGGGCACCCCCUACUACAAGGGCAACUAUACCACAGCCUACCGACUCACCCAAACGACAUCCACCAUGCCCUCAGCCUCACCGCUGGGAAAUGCGACAGCAGGGGCACCCGUGGCAGGGACCAGCACAGCCCCAACGAGGCAUAGGUUGAAGGCUUCAAAGCAAACUGCUUACCUGGGCUCACGACCGGGACACCGACCACAGCACACUACACCAUGCCGUGAAACUGAGACAACUCAUCUCUAUGCCGGUCAGCCCAAAGAAGGACUCGAGCCUGGGGGACCCCAGGGGAUCUUACGGGUCUGCUCUAUAUCAUUUUGUUGCCCACCCACGCACAUCCCCCAGCCUAUAUUGUCCACCUCACGCGUCAGAUAAACCUUAUAGUUAUAACCCAGUCAAAUGUAGACGCCUCUCAGUUAUAGUGUAUUAAUGCAGACUCUAGCUCGCUAACUGAGGCUCAAUUGCCAAAGGUACACAUGAAUACACUGUUAAAUGUUAAAUGUUAUCUAUUUAGAUAUAAGCAAUACACACACUCGAGUCCCACCUACCAUGGCCCCACUUAGGGGGCACUGAAACCAUGACUGUCCGCAUACCAAUGCAUCUGACCCACAUGUUGUGAGAGAUAGGCAGUCGUACGCAAUCCGCUCCACCACACUAACAUUACCAGCCAGUAGCUCCUACUAUUUUGCCUAACUUGUUCUACAAGCCCAGUCUGAAUGCCUGACCAGCUAUUUGAAGCGCAGUCUAACCACUGAGACCACAUCACUAGCUUGUAUUAAUUCUGUUUACUUUCACUAUGAUUACGCAAAACUUGUUAUUAAUAUUUUGGAAUGUUUAGUUAAUGUAAUAUAAAAAUUGUGCGAAUUAUCAUGCCCCUGUAACUUUCGUGAAGCUUGAAAUACGCUGUUGUGGCGUCUGUUGAUACCCUGUAACCACCUGCACAACAAAAAUAAAGAAUUAAAUAAAAACCAAAGAAAAUAAUUACUUCUGCACUAUCCCAAAUCCAUAUGCACAUUUAACUAACUGGAGGCUUUUUAGUAUCACUCUGAUGACCAUUUAAGUGUAAGCUCACCUCUCUGUCCACACUCUCCCCACUGUCACAGCUUUGCAAACAGUUCUGCUUAGGAUAAACUAAUGUGUCAUAUUUUUCACAUUCUACCGUAAGCUACAAGUAGCGGGUGGAUUUAGCACCAUUUUAGUAUGUUACAGCUAUACAGCUAUAUUACAUAUUCAAUAAAUAAUGCCCAUUGAUUGUUCCUCAUUAGCAACAAAUAACCAGGUUCUGCUGUUGCUACUGAAAACAGAAACUGUCAGAGACCUCUUGGGCCAAUCCCAUGACUUAUUUAUUCCACUGGAAGCACUCACAAACCCCUGUCUGUUCCCAUGAAAAUAUGUCUGGAUCUCAGAUAAGGAGCUAAUUAAAAUGACAGGUUUAAAUCUGGAUGUUUUUUUUUAUGCUACAGCUGAUUUGUUUUAAAGCCUCUAACAGCUGUCAUCGCAUCCCCAUCCUCCGCCAAAAUGAUUAUUUAAUAAAGUUAAAAUAUUUAUGACAUACUCACAUUGAUUGUGUUGGAAUUUCACUGAAACUCCAACUCAGUAAAAAGAUAAUAGGGACUUUGUCUUAUCUAUUUUUCCUACGCCUGACAAAAGGCAGAGCUACCGCCUUCAAGUUUUUGUCAUUUUUUUUCUACUCGUCACUUUAGAGGCUCCUGCAAUCUCGGGGGUCCAUAAUAGUGUUGUACUUUUGAGCAUGCGCAAGGGUGCAGCACUGACGUGGGCUCCUGGCAGGCGAAGUCCCUGGAGCUGAAGGGGAUCCACGGGAUAAUGAUGGCAUCGGUUAUGAGAGACAGGUUUAGGUAAGUAAAACUUACCUUCCCCUGCACUCCCAGGCCACUGCACUGCAAAAGGUUAAGUCACCAUCUGGGGUCUUUGCAAACUAUGCAGACAACAGAAGUUUACAGAGCUGCUUUAGGUUCUUGGGUGCUGUUCACUAUUCGUAGUCUCCUUCUCUGAUUAUAUGUUGUCCUUGUCCUGACACAUCUGUGUGUUGUAUACUACAGGCCAAAUUAAUCUGUGACCUUUUUGUCAAGGUUGACUUGACAUGAUUGUAAAAUGAAUAGUAUGAGCGUAUGUGUGUCCUGUCUAUUUUUAAUAAAUGCUGCAAAGUCGCUGAUCUUUGGAGGUAUCUGUAUGCUCCAAUGUUUUAGAAAAUUAUUUUAUUUUUAAAAAUAAUUGGAGGAAAUUAGAGCUAUGGGAAACUCACAGCUUCUAUGAAUAUCAAAAUGGAUAAAUACAAUGUAACUCGGCAGCGUGACUCUGGCUUUAGGUGGAUGUCAUUUUGGAUUCAUGCCAUCUCAUCUAGAGGGGAAUUUUCAACAGAAAACAUGUUCUGUCUUAAGAAUGCAAAUUGCUAAAUGUUGAGAGACAUUCUAUUGAUUUCUUUAGUGAUUGAUCUUAAUUUGUUUAACAAUAGCCCCUGUUUUUGCCUUAGUCGUAUCUAUGUGUUGGGCUGGGGUGCCUGUGUUACUUUCCCGUGCAUUUUCCUCACUCUUCAUAUUUUUCUCCUGUGUCUCCAAAGGAAUACAAGGUAAUAAGUCACUCUUUUCUUCCUUUAGAACACAAGGGGAAUCGUGUUCUGUUGCACAAAAUUAUGAUUUUAAAGUGAAAUUCAAUUGUCUGCAAGAAACAAGUCAGAAAAAAUAUAAAAAAUAUAUGGCCUCUCUGGGCUUCCGUACAUUUGGCAAUACACAGAAGGCAGGCUUGGCUAUUUCGUCUGUGUUUAUGCAGUCAUAUAUCUGCAUGUGCACCACACUAACUAACAUAUAACCUUUCCAUGAAUAAGCAUAGAUAAACACAGAUUAAAUAAUAAUAAAACACACAGAGUCAGAUAUGUGAUAAAAAAGGCCGUGGCCUUUUAUUUAGUUUAUAACACAUUACAAACCAUAACUUAUUCACUUUUAAAAUAUAUAACUUGUAACCAAACAGCUCCGGUCUUUAAACCCCCAGAGAAUUUAACAAAUGAAUUACCAGUUCCGCCCUAUUAGCCAGAAUUUAAACAAAUAUAUAACCAAACUCAGCUAGUCCAGCCCCCCCGCCCCCCUUUAAAAUAGGCAGGUGAUCUCAACCCCAAUAAAAGACCACGACAUAAAAUAAAAAAAUUAUAGGGGGUAGGGUGGGAAACAGGUCCAAUAAAAUUUUUCUUUAACUUUUGUGGCGCCAGCUGUUACCUCAGGGCAACCUAUAUAUUGUAUUUUCCCGCUUUACAGUGCCCUCACUGACAAGCGCUUCAAUCAGAGCGCUGUCCACGUGGACCUCUGUGCUACAUGACGCAAGGGUAUCACACAGACCGGUGAUGAGGCCCUCGCGACCCGCCAGCAGCGUGCCCGGCAAGUCCCUCCCACCACUAACACCGCAGCGCACAUGUGUACAUGGUCGAUUGAUCAUGUACUGUCUGUCUGUUAUUAAAAUCAAAGUACUUUGUAAUAAUUUGACUGUUCACAAACAUCUGGAAUGCAUCCUUACAGCAAUCAAAUCCCCUUAACUCAUUCAAUUCCUCAUUCAGUGUUUUGUUUCUCCUUUAACUGGUCUAAUUAAAGGACAUAAAUUAAAAAUAGCAAGGGCCCUUUUUCACUGAUGCAGCAAAGAUUACAGCUUUGAUGAAAAUUGUGAGGAUGAGAUUGUAAUCAGGCCACAUCAUUAAUGACUCAUCGACAGCUGUUAACACAUCAAUAAAUAUCAGAUGGAGAUUGUAAUUCAUCUAUUUAUUUUCAAACUAUUUUUAUUAUUUUGUAUGAAAUUUCUGACAUCACUGCAUACCCCUGCAAUAAGAACAGGGUCACUUGGCAGCAGUCAUUUGUGAUGCUGUUAGAAUUUACUACUCAUUUCUCUUAUGACCUUGGAGCAUCACGUGUGACCUUCCUGUUUUCUGCAGAGAGUAAUCAAUCUGACCUAAUAUGUUGGCCUCAAUGACCUGUGCAGUAGUGUGCUCUGUCAUAUGGAAAGCAAAAUGUAUCAAAUAAUAUACUUAAAAAACAACUUUUUUUAAAAUCAUAGGUUAAAAGUGUAUGUUUCUACAGUUUGUGAAUAUAGGUUACAGAAAUUCUGUAUUUCUUAUAGUGUCUUCAUAUUCCAAAGUAUAUUCUAUGAAAAUUAUUACAGUUGGGGACAUUACAGUUUUUUUUGUUUUUGUUUUUAAAACAUAAUGCUGUAUACAUUAUAUUACUGUGUUAUAGGCCCUUUUCAGACUUAAUAAAGAUGUAUCAAGUUUUUUUUUUUUUUUUUUAUACAAACCCCCAUCCCAGUUCAGAUGGCUAAUUUUCAAAAUCAUUUAUUUUGGUAUACAUUUAGCAAUUUGAUGUUUUUCAUAAAUAGAUACCCAUAAAUAGCUUUGGGGACAUGCAUGUGUAACAUUCAGAUGAUCUACAGAUUGCGAAGUAAAUCACACUUAACCCACAGGAUUUAGUUUAGAGAUAUAAUCACAUUUGUGGUAUCAACACAGUAUAAUGUACUAAACUGUUUUAUCAAAAAUCUAGUUGUAUAUGGUGUUGAGUUAUUGUGGACUUCUCCUGUGAUCUGUGAAUCAUUUUUCCCACAAAAAGGGUGGGGAGGAUUUAUCACGGCCGUUAAAGUGGGCUAUUCACCAGUGGAAUGUGAUUGUGGAUCCAUUGCUUUCUUCUAUUCUGCCCAAUCCACCUCUGCCAACAUCAAUUUGAGAGAAUGAUAUUGGGGAUGCAAGGUGUGGGGAGCCUUGCCACCAGCAUUCUGUGUGUGCUAAUAAUAGAAGCCAAACAUGCACAGAACUUAUAUUGGCUGGUCCAGAACUCUUGUAUCGGGCUGGCUUAUGACACAGCCGGAGGUGGAGUUACGCUGCAUAUACAGACUCCAGGCACCAUGACCAUUUUAAAUCAGUGAAGUGGUGAUGGAGCUUGGAGUAACCUUUUUAAGUGGAGAGGAAUUUGUUUUGAUUGUCAAAUCUGGCAACUAUGUUUCAAGAUGGACCCAUUUAUUGUUUUGUAAUAGUAUGUUUUUUAUUGUUUUUGCCCUGUCCUGAUAAAAUUGUGUAUUUCUUCUUUGUAAUACAAUUGCAAACGUAAUUUAUCGGUAAAUAACAGACCAUUCUACAUUUUUUUUUAUUGGUUUCCCUAAAUUUACAACAGCUUAGUUUUAAAAUUACACAUCUGGCAAUCAGAAAGUAGUGUUGAGAGAGUUUGGUUUUAAGUUUCACAUAAAUGUUCUCUAAAAAUAGAAUCCAGCCUUAACAAUAAGGCCUGACGUGUGCUGAAGUCAAAAAAGGAAAUUAUGCUGUUUGUAUGAGAACUCUGUUUCAGUAAGAUGUGUCUCUAAACAUUAUGAGAUGCGUGUGCUGUAACUGGUAUGCAUUUUCUCAGAGAUUUGUUUAAUUCAAGGCAUUAAACGGGCACGCCACUGCCCAAAUAUACAAAAAUAAAAAAUCACUGUUUAGUAGAUAUAUCUCCAAUGAAAACAUGCAUGUAUUUUAUUCGACAUUUGUUUUCAUUGUGGUAGAUCUAAACACUGUUUGCAAAAGUCCUCUUGUCUGCUGCCUCUAACCCCACCCAGGCUGUCUGUGGCUCUCCAAUUACAGACUUUCCAAAGCAGCUCUAUGAAAAUUACCUGCCUCUUGAGUUUAGCUCCACUGAACUAAUCCAUCCAGGAAGUCAUGGGACCAGUUGUCUGAUUGACAGUCAGGGGGUGUAACCAGGUUAAAAUACAAAAGUGCUAAUUGUUAUUGAAAUCUGCACUUUUUAUAAAAUGGUGAAAACAGGAGACACACUAUUAACACAUAAAGUUAAACACAUAGUUAAAGUGCCUUAGUGGCCUGGAGUGUCCCUUCAGCAUCUCUGUUAUUUAAUCUCUGAUGGAGUAGGUGAAAAUAUGUAGAUUUUGUUGUGAUGUCUGUGCUUGUCAACUCUUUAUAUUUUAUCAGAGCAUUGCAAAUAUGCAGGUCAGUCUGAUAAUAUUCAGAUGUAAUUAAAAUGUGUAUUUCAUAGAAAUCAUCAGUCUUAUAUGGACUAUGCAUAUGCUGAGCAGGGAUUUAUGGGGUUUGCUAAACACUGCCAUUAGAAUAAUCGAAUGGCUAGGUUUGGUUUACAUAUGGCAGUUGGACUUUGCCAACAUCUUUCUUGCUAUGUUUUUAAUCCAUGCACAAAUCUAGGUUUAUUUUUGAAGUUGCAACAUUGUUGGAGUAAUUUUCAGAGAAUGUUAGCCUUUUUUUUUUUUUUUAACUAAAUCAAUUGUAUAAAAUAAUUCAAUUAAUAAAGUAUAUUAGACAUGGUUCCAACAACUCCUCAUCAUACCUUAGCCGUGGGCCUAUAUAACAGUUUGUAGAUGAGUUACUUGUCAUCUGCACCAUGUUUGAGGCUCCCAGUGUAAAUCAACAAAGCACAUGGGCGGGCUUUAAAGUUCUGUUGCUUAUAUUUGUUGUCAAUGAUUCUCACUGCAUGAUAAAUUUGAUGGGAAUAGUCCCCAGUGGCAGGAGUUGCUAUGAAAAUUACACUUAUUACCAGGAAGAAAUAUUGCCCAGGAGAAAAUACAAGGUCUCAUCUCAUAUUGUUUGUUUGUUCCCAGGUUCCAGACAAUUUAUCCAGCUGUUGUCAUAGCCAAAAAUUUGCUUCCUCUUUUCCCAUAGGCCUGGCCACUAAGACUCAUAUUCCAACUAGUAUUUAUUUGUGUUCUCUCUUUCCGUUUUAUAAUGCAGAGUCUUCAUACUAUAUAUAUAUAUAUAUAUAUAUAUAUAUAUACAUAUAUAUAUAUAUAUAUAUAUAUUUUAAACCAUUGUGAGCCUAAUUAUAGCCUUAAACAAAAAUGAUUUGGCUCAGAAUCUUUGCAAUGUAAUUUUAAAACAUCAUUUUAAUUGCAAUAACAGUUAGUUUUGCAUUGCGUGGUCCCAGAGGAGCAGAGUCAAACAUCUAAACUGACCUUCGAUCUAAGAUGCUCAAAAAUGUAUCUGCACAAUUUAUAUCAUAGAACAAAAUUGAUAUCAUUAUUAUUCAUUAAUAUGUUUUUUGUUCUUUUUGUACAGCGUAUUUAUUACCUAUCUUUGGAAUUCUACAUGGGUCGAACUCUUCAAAACACAAUGCUGAAUCUGGGCCUUCAACAUGCCUGUGACGAAGCUGUCUAUCAGGUAGGAUUUGUACCCAAUUAUCAGAAGCCAGCCUCUUCGUUAAACCGAAUAUUCUUGAGCUUCAUCAUUGAAGCCAUCCAGUAAUGUGGGUACUAUAUGGUACCUGCUGCAAAAUGAUUAAAUUUAGGAAUAUUGGCUCAUAUCAUACAGCUUUCCAAGGAACUGCCAAAGGUACAUUACGGGUUUAUUCACUAAACAUUUAACUGUUCCACAUUGAAAUCCUUAUGGAAAAUAUCAGUCUAAAAUAGCCAAACUGUGACUAGAGCCGAAUUGAGGAUUUUGUUUUUGGCUGUUUAAAACUAAUUUUUGUCAUACUGUAGCCCAGUAAAGAAACCCUGUAAAAUGAUACUACAUGCAAAUAAAAGUAAAGUUUGUCAUUUAAAGGGUCAUUUAUGUAUUUAUAGAAAUGCCUUUUAUAUCAAAUAACAUACCAAAGGUGCUCAAAUAUGUAUGUGAAAAGUUAUGGAAAUUGACUGUUCUCUCUUCUAUGGAUACAAUUAAGGCUUUUGGUGACACAACUUUGUAUACAAAUGUUCAACUUAUGAUCACAAUGACCCAAUGCCUAGUUUCUUUUUUUUUUUUUAUACUGCGCUCAUGUCAUUUUAUUUGUUGACAUAAUGAAAAAUCUCAGUGUUUGCCCAUGUGAUAUUUUAAAAAGUAAAUUUAACAAUAGAAUCUUCAAUAUUAAUGUAAUACCUAAGUAGCCUUAGUAGUAACCCUUUGCAAACCUUACUGAUGUGAUAUCUGCAGUUUGUUAUUUUAUUAUUUGCAUUGUUUUUAAUUUCUGGAAGGAAAUCGCUUCCUCCUGCCAAGUCUCUUGUUAUUUAGCUCGGACUAGACUUUUCAGGCAUAGCUGCCAAAAGCAGGUUGUAUUAAAAUAUAAUUCCUCCACACCCCCUCUUAUUCUCAAAUCUAACUGUAACUGUGUAACCCUUACAGAAAAGAAAAGGCCAGUGGAAACGUUAAAUCUAACGUAAUAUAUGUUUAUGGAGCUACUCACUAUACCUUUACCAGAAAUUUGGGAGAAUUGGCAAAGGCAUUACACUUUGUAGGACAUAAUAGCCAAGGUAAAAAAUAGUUCAGCUAAAGAUUUAUUUAUUUUUUCAAGUUUAGCUCUUUUGGUCUAAAAUGUGCAAGUUGCUUGUCAGUUCUCCACCAUUUCUAGGUUUAGUGAAUAAAGCAAAUAAUCCACAACUAAAAAAUAAAUAAAUUAUAAGCUGUAACUGUUAAUGACACGCUUCGGAGUUUCCCUGUUUCAGAAAUGUGUAGAUUUGGUUUCUUAGAACAGUCACAAUGUAUUCCAAUUUUGCUCCCUUCGGCUUACCCAGCUUCAGGAGACUAGGCCCUCUCUGUGGCCUAAGCCUCCCCACCUUUGGAAACCAGCUAAAGUCACUCCAUUUAUACCAGUAAAAAGGUCUGCUUCGCAUUCAAAUGCCGCAUGGGCAACCUGAUAUAGAAUUUUCUGUGGUUAUUAUGCAACUUGUAUUAAAUGUUCCUAUAUUGUAUAUUGUUUUCUUUUAUUCUCUUGCUUGAGCAUUUACCCAACUGCACCCUACCUCCUCCCCCCAAUGGCCUCUAGGGUAUGAUUAAAGAACAAUUUUAUUAUUUGAGGAAUAUUUAUAUUUUCUGGUUUCACCUUACUUGGAGCCAUAUUGGUUUACUUGUAUUUCUCUAGCAUACUUGAGGUGCACAUCUGGAGAUUUCCUUGGGUACCCAUUAAUAUAUUAAAACGCUCAGUCCACUUCAUAUUAUUAUCAUACAGUAUUCUUCACAUACCAGUGAGUUAAUGUGUUAUUGAUGUACCUUGGUUGUAGGCACUGUAUUAUAUUUCAUGUAUAUAGACUGAAUAUAAAUAAAGAAUGAAAAAAGAAAACCAACUAUUUUCCAUUUAUGCAACAUUGUCCUAUAACUAGGAAAAAUCUUUCGUUGACCUUGUUUGUAGUCAGUCGGAUUGUAAAAAGACACCUCUGGGGCAUGCAAAAAACUGCACCUAUACAAUUUUUCCUAACCAUCUGGCUAUCGUAAAAUGAAAUUAUUUACAGACUAAAAUACUAGGUUAAAUAGUCCUUUGGCAAAGUCUUUAACCAUGAUGUCUUGUGUGCACUUUGAUUGGGAAAAGUCAUAUUUUAUAUUAUUAAACAAAUCUUUAUAUAUAUAUUUUUUUAUUAGACAACGAAAGUUACAAUGCACCACAAAAUGUAUACACAAUAUCACAUAGCAAGGGUGAACGUUAGAUAAGAGAUAAUUAAAUGUAUAAUACUUAUCUGUUUAGAAUCAUAAAACAUACAAAACCUGUAAAACUCACCUUUAUUCCAGCGCUGCGUGGGUCUGCAGGCACUGGCACUGCCCUAAUCCAUCUCCUUGGCUGAUAUCAGAAUUCGCAAUCUCUGCCAAUCUAUUGCUUUCACGUGGAAAAGCAUUAGAUUAGCUGAGAUUGUCAAUUCUGGCGGUGAUGGGCGGAGCCAAACGCCACUCUGGCCAUUCAGUAUCUCCUCUUAGAGAUGCAUUGAAUCAAGGUAUCUCUGUGAGGAAUGUUCAGUGUUUCCAUGCCAGGAAGCACCUCUAGUGGCCUUAUGAGUGACGAUCACUGGAGGUGUCUAGGCAGCAAUGUAAACACUGUCUUUUCAGAGAAUUUUUACAGCAAGGACCUGACUAUACCUGCAGGGAAUGAAUAUACUCACCAGAACUACUACAUAAAGCUGUAGCUAUUCUGGUAACUAUAGUGUCCCUUGAAAACAGUUUUCUGAAGACAUGUCUCCCGGAAUAAUAUAUUCUGGGGUGAAUAAUUGGUAAUCCAACCAAUCCCAAUUUUCCAAUUUUAAUUGGAGAAUGAGUUGAGCUUUCAAAAAAAAAAAAAAAAAGUCUUGCAAAGUAUGAGCAGAAUUGUCUGAAUAGACGGCACAGAUGUGAUAGUGUCAAACAGGAAAAAUAAAAAAAAUACUCUUUGCUGUUGGUCAUAAAUCAUGUGGCUAUCAUGGUCUACGGAUGGUAGAGUUUGAAGGUCAUUGUUCGACAUAAACCUAUAUAGCCUGUUCAUUUUCUUAAAUGUGGGAAAAUAUAUGUGGAUAUUGUUAUUGUUGUUUGAUGUGUAAUACAAACAUAUGUUGCAUGCAUUAUGCAUUCUUUAAUGGCGUUAAAGAAACCAGGAAUGGAUUAUCUGAUAAUCCAAUUGUCUAACUGGUGGAGGAGGUGUAUUUUGCCUUCUUUUCGUAACCAUGACAUAAAACCAGGCAGGCUCCUCACAAUUUAGAACAAUGGUAAUGCUUUUUCCUGCUAGGAGCUAGAAAAUGUAAUUAUUCUAAAUAUUUAACAAUUAUAUUUUUGUAUAGUCUGAACAAAUAAAUUAAAUGUAGACCUCUAUCUAUAGCUCUAUCUUGGAACUGAAGCUUGUAUUUUUGCUCGCUGUCAAUCAUUGUUAUUAGCUCUGCCCUUUUACAUGUAGUAAUUUCUGUUUCUACAACUCCAAUUCCGUAUGUGCCCUGGCUGUGCCUAGACUUAGCGGGAUUUGGAUGCCAUUUGCAAUAUAUUGAAAAGGCAUUUAACAGAAAAUGGAACAUCUCAUAAAAAAAAGGUUAAUGCAAGUAAAAAAAAAAAAUUGUAUUCACUGGUGAAAAAUCCAAAAGUGUGAUUGUUCUCGUUUAAAAUACUAAAAAGCAUCACUAUUGAAAUUAAUGGGAAUCUUAGUUCAGGAAAUGCUUAUUAAAUAGUGAAUUGGUAAAAUCUUGUUAAACUUAUAGAAUGUUCAGUGGCAUAUGAGAUAGGAAAUGAAUAGGACACUACACCAACUUUGUUGAAAGAUAACUUCCCCAUAGGAAAGUGUGAUUUAUUUGUACCAUUGUGUUAUUUUUGAGUUGUAUUAUUUAUGAGCGUGAUCCAACAAGCUAUCAUCACUUCCUGUAAGCUUAUUGUCAUUUUAUCUUUGAAGAAACACGCUACUUUUUUAGUAAAUUACAAUAUGUAAACCAGACAAACUCAUCUAAAAACAUGACAUAAAGUGCAAGCUCAGACUUUUUUUCCUGUUUGUUUGUCAAAUCUUUCCACCCUUGGAGCAUUCCAGAUCAGUUUGAGUACCAGGAAGCAAUGUGGAUUGGGAAGAAUCACAUUCUGAGACCAAGAAGACUAUUUUCAGUCCCACACACUAGGGCCUUUAUUCACAAAAUAAAAAAUGGCACAUUUACAAUGGAAUUUGCAAAUUUUAGUCAAAAACAACUUCUAGAAAAAGUUGAAUUAGCAUGUUACAGGGUUAAUCACUAAAGUAAGAAUUCAAAAAGAAUUUCAAAUGUAAGGUCAAAUAGCCAAACUGGAAAGAAUUCUCAGUUAUGCUUCCAAUUUGACUACAUUGAAUUAAUCUUGGAUUCUCACUUUAGUGAUUUUUUUAUAAUUUGUAAUCAAUUUGCCAAUGUUCCACAAAUCUCUACUCCGUGAAUUACCAUUGUAAACACAGAGAAAUGUAAUGGAAUCUGGGGAUAAUCAGGGAAUUCCGAAAACUAUGUUGAACAACAAGUACAGUAAGUGUGGUGUUUUUAAACAGAAAUCAUGAAUGGACCAGUUGCUGUUUAUCUGCAGUCACAAUCUCUGUUUCUGUUUGUUGGGAAGUGUUACAUACUUGAAAUGUCAAGGAAUGUUAUCCUUCCACUCAUUUGCAAUAAUAUUUGCUUUAAACAACAGAGAGAAAGUUCUAAAAAGGGUAUUUAUUUGCAUUAAGCCAAAAGCUUAAAUAUAUAUAUAUAUGUUUUUAUAUAAUGCAAAAACCUUUUGUGCUUGUGCUUAUUUUUAUCAUCCAUUACCUGUAAAACCUCAGAAUUUAGGUGCAUACAGUGAGCAGUCAGAAUUUAGGCACACACCAUUUUAAAGAUUAUAAAGACCAUAAGAUUAUGUCAAAGCUUUUCCCAGUCCAAUAGCAUUGCACUUAUAAAUCAAAGUCUAUAGGUACAUCGAUUUUUUUUUUUUCCACAGGAAUGUAGCAUGUUUGACAAACAAAGUAAUAACGGAUGAUGACGGGAGGUAUUUAAUAUGGAUAGGAUCCCUCAAUACUAUUGAAUAUAUUAUUGUGAACAUGUAUUUUCCAAACACCGGUCAGUUGCAGUUUUUUAGGAAAUUGAUGGACUUAGUGAAUGAGAACGUGGGAGGCAGCUUGGUAAUGUGUGGCGACACGAAUUUUGUUAUGGAUGGAGAUUUGGAUAACGCUAGGGAAGAACGUGAUCAACAGCAUAGAGGGGACAGUGACAGAUUAGCGUACAAAUGCUCCAGAUACAUGAUUGAAUGUGGCUUAUACGACUCCUGGAGACUGAUGCAUGAGAAUGAAAGAGAUUUUACGUAUUAUUCUGUCUCUAAAAAUAUGUAUUCCAGACUGGACCGGUUUAUGGUUUAAUCUCGCACAUCUUGAAAUCUGAUAUCUUAGACAUCAACUGGUCCGGCCAUGCUCCAAUCAUAAUGCAUAUUGAUGAAAUUGUUUCAUCAGCCCCAAACAAAACCUGGAAAUUAGGCGAUUAUUUGUUAAAUGAUGUUGUGAACAGGUCAUUGACGGAGAAAGCUUUGAGUGAUUAUUUUUCGGAAAAUGCCUGACCCGAGGUUCCUGGCGAGGUGACUUGGAAUGCGCAUAAGGCUGCGUUAAGAGGUCAUUUUAUUUCUAGAGCGUCUCACCUGAAGAGAAUUAAUAGCAAUAACUUAAGAACAUUGGAAAAAGAAUUGUACAAUUUGAACCAGGCUAAUAAAUUUGGUCCAUCGUCCUCCCUAUCAGCAAUGGUAGGAGAAAUUAAGGCUAAAAUUAACAAAAUGAAUUUAGAUCGUACAUCUCUCAUGGUGAGACGUCUCAGGAAAACAUUUUACUUAAAAGGCAACAGGGUCUCAACUCUUUUGGCAUCCAAACUCCGGCAUGUGAAUGCCCAAUCAAAAAUAGCAUAUUUACUUGAUUAUCAGGGGUGAAAAGUGUUUCAUCCAACUAAAAUUAGUGAUAUGUUUGCAGAGUAUUAUAGUAAAAUUUAUAAUUUAGAAUGUAAUUCGGACCUUCCCCAGCCUUCUGCAACAAUAAUUGAUAAAUUCUUAGACAGAGUGACAUUGCCUCGGCUGUCUCCAGGACAUUUAGAAAGCUUAGAAUGUGAAAUAUCAGCAGAAGAGAUAGCUGAGGCAAUCAAACUUAUGCCAUCUGGAAAAGCCCCUGGUCCCGAUGGAUUCAAUAUUUUAUAUUAUAAAACUUUUCCAGAAAUUUUAAUUCCCCAUAUGACUAAAAUGUUCAAUUCCUAUAAGUCCGGGGGAAAGAUGCCGGAGGAGUCCUUGUGCGCACGAAUAGUCACCUUGCCAAAACCAGGAAAAACUCCUGAUAGAUGCCCUAACUUUAGUCCCAUUUCUCUGAUUAAUAAUGAUUCAAAGAUUUAUUUUAAAGUUCUCGCAAAUAGAUUAACCAAAUUAAUCCCAUUGCUAAUUAAUAAGGAUCAAGUGGGUUUUGUACAGGAUAGACAGGAGCCAGACGGAACUAGAAGAUUCAUAAACUUGAUUCAGUACAUCAAUAUGACCAAAACGCCUUCUUUGCUUCUAUCUCUAGACGCAGAGAAGGCAUUUGACAGGAUACAUUGGGGAUAUUUAUGGAGAACGUUAGACAGGUUCAACAUACCAUCAUCCUUUAUCGCAGCAAUUAAGGCGCUAUAUUGCGCACCCUCCGUCCAUGUCUCAGCUUCUGGCUUCACAUCCAAAACUUUAUCUCUAACCAAUGGGACGAGACGGGGUGCCCUUUAUCUCCAAUUUUAUUUGUUUUAGCGAUAGAACCCCUGGCCGAACUAAUUAGAACGACCCCACAAAUUGUAGGAAUUGCUAUUAAAGAAUCCGUUCACAAAAUUGGCUUGUUUGCAGACGAUAUAAUCCUAGCUGUCAAAAACCCAAAAGAAUCUUUAAGACUCCUCAAGGACAUCUUAACUCAAUUUGGCGAGAUAUCGUACUACAAAUUAAACGAGUCUAAGACUCAGGCCCUUCCGUUUCAUUGAAAUAAUUUGGAAACCACUGCCCUUAAGAAAUCAUAUUUAUUUGAUUGGAGAACUGGCUAUAUGGAAUAUCUUGGCAUUAAUUUAUGCAAAAAUUUGGUCAAUAUGCACAAUCACAACUUGAGGAAAGCAUGGUCGGACUUACAAAAAGAGAUGGAGAGAUGGGGCGGGAUGGAGCUCUCAUGGCUGGGGAGGGUCGCAUCUAUUAAAAUGACGAUACUUCCAAAAGUUUUAUAUUUUUUUAGGACCAUCCCUCUGUCCAUCCCAUUAUCAUUUUUUAAUAAAGUUCACUCGACAAUGCUGAAGUUCAUCUGGGGGAACAAGCCUGCCCGAGUAAAGCUCACUUCCCUGCAGCACCAUAAAUCGAAUGGCGGUAUUGGUGUACCCGAUAUCCGCAAAUAUUAUUUCGCCACUAACGCUGCAGUGGCUGUGAGCUUUAAUGACCAGGAUGAUAAACCAGAUGGAUGGAAAUAGAAGAAUCAAAAAUUUUACCGGUUAGAUUGUCAGAAUUACCUUGGUUAAAUCCUAAGAAAAGACCUGGAAUUACAAAAUUAUUUUUAUCUACCAAGACUACGCUUAAGGCCUGGGACAUUAUUUUUGAAAAAUGACCAUUCUCCCAGUUUAUAUAGAGAAAUGCCUAUUGAGUUAUUUAAAUAAUAUAUACCAUCCUUAAAAAUAGAACUGUUGAAGGAUUGCUCUAUAACUAAACUGGAUAAUUUUUUUAUGUAAAUUUUCUUUGGAAAAAUUGAAGCUUAAGUAUGGAUUAACAAAUGUAUGUGAACUGGAAUGUAUGCUAAUCAUUGACAAAUGGAAAGAACUAUACCAGGUACCUGAAACAGAUAAAAAAUAUAAAUCACGUGAGAUAUCUCCAUAAGAGAAAGUUUUUUUAUACAGCCCCGCUAGUAAAGGUAUGAUAUCCUUAUGUUAUUCGUUUUAUAAUGCCAAGCCCUUAGUUAAAUUAAAACAUAUGUUGUCAUGGGAGACGGAGUUGGGUGCCCAGUACGAUUUAGAAGAAUGGUUCGUUUUUUUUUUAAAGCUUUAAAAGGUAUUUCGUAUUGCACCGACCAUUUUGAAAAUCAUAAUAAAAUUUUAUAUCGCUGGUACCUGGCUCUGUCUAGAUUGCACAACAUGAACAAUAUGUAUUCUGACCGGUGUUGGAGAGACUGUGGGGGUGUGGGCAAUAUGGCCCAUAUCUGGUGGUUCUGCCCUAAAUUAACUAAAUAUUGGAAAAUGAUUCAUGAUCUAAUUAUUAAAGUGGACAGAACCAUUAGCAUUUUAACUUCGGAACUAGCCUUAUUUAAAAAACUCCCGGAGUCUGUUAAUAGAUCAGAUAAAAUAAUCAUAGGCCACAUUCUGAUCGCUGCUACAUCCUGUUUACCUAGACAUUGGAAGUCCAAAAAUGCAAAAAGAGCAAAAGUGAAUAAUAAAAAGGAAUUUACAGGUGUUAUAUUAAUCGUGGUUAUGUAAAUGUUAAGCCACCAAUAGAAAAGGGAACAGUGCUUUUAUUGCGAUCUAAUAAAAUAUAUCCGUCCUUUGAGUAUCAGUGGGUUAACAACAGUUCAUCCAAAGUAAUAAAUAUAACAUGUGUCAUCAAACAAGGGCAUCCUUCUCUGAACUGCAGUCCUUUUCCCCUUAAAUGUUCCCCAGAAGUAUUUAUUUUGGACACUGUUUAAAUGGCUGCUGCAUGUCUUAAAUGGCAGAAUGAAGAGCUUUAUAUUUAGCACAGUUCAGUUAAGAUUCUUUUAAAUACUGCAUAAAAUUUGUGUAGUAACCCAUGACUGCCACCGAAAUUGCAACUAAUCCCAUAAUAAAAGGGUUAAAGAAACACACAUCCAACACAAAGCAGUGUAGUUUAUUAACACCUUAACUAAGUCCUGUCUAUACACUGGUAAAAUGACAAAAUCCAAGUGGACACAUGGUUUUAUUGUUUUUUUAUGUCUAUAAUAAAAAUAUCAGGUCUGCCCUUUGAGCAGGGUACCAGCCUCAGAUCCUGCAUUUUUGCACAAGGGCUAGCUGACCAUUUGGGAAAAGAUGAGGAUGAAAUAGAAGAAAGAACAUAGAGGGCCACUAAAGGACACAUAUGAGAAAGAAGAUAAAGAGGGGGCAGACAGAAUCACGAAUAGGGCAGAAAUGGCAACAGAGGGGAACUGUGUCUGUGUGUACUAGUGUGUGUAUGUGUCUUAUGUGCAAAAAUAUGUGUCUUAAAGGACCACUAUAGUGCCUGGAAAACAAACUCGUUUUCCUGGCACUAUAGGAUCUUUAGGUCCCCCCACCCUCAGGGUCCCCCUCCUGUUGGGCUGAAGGGGUUAAAACCCCUUCAGCCACUUACCUUAAUCCAGCACCGGGCUCCCUCGGCGCUGGUGACCUCUCCUCCUCCUGCCGACUUCAGCGCCGAAUGCGCAUGUGCGGCAAGACCCGUGUGUGCAUUCAAACCGCCCAUAGGAAAGCAUUUCUCAAUGCUUUCCUAUGGACGUCAGCGUCUUCUCACUGAGAUUUUCACAGUGAGAAGCAUGGAAGCUGCUCUAGCAGCUGUCAGUGAGACAGCCACUAGAGGCUGGAUUAACCCUCAGUGAAACAUAGCACAUAGCAGUUUCUCUGCACUAGAGGGACCUGGCACCCAGACCACUUCAUUGAGCUGAAGUGGUCUGGCUGUCUAUAGUGGUCCUUUAAUGUGUUAGUAUGAUGUGUAAAUGUGUUUAUGUGUAUUUCAGGAUUAUUUACGUAAGUGAGAAUUCAAAGUUAAUUUCAAAUUUAAGGCCAAAGUAACUGAAUGAAAGGCAUAGCUUGCUUAGAAUUUUUCUUUCCAGUUUGGCUAUUUUGACCUUAAUUUUGACUUUGAAUUGACCUUUAAUUUUCACUUUUAUAAGUAACCCUAUGUACAUGUAUUUAAUAUGUUUCUAUGUCCAUGAAUAUGUGUCUGUAUGUGUGUUAUUGCAGGGCUUGACAAAUUUGUUUGGAAUCUAGGAGCCAGCUAAACAAGUUAAGAGCCAAUCAUUUUCAACGAGAAAAUGCAAUUAUUAAAGGGACACUAUAGUCACCAGAACCACUACAACUUGAUGUAGUGGUUCUGGUGUCUAUAGCCUGUGCUAAGGGAAAGCAUUGGCUUAGCUGAGAUCAUAAAGAUUGAUAAUCUCAGCCAUGGGGAAACUGGCACUGUGUGAGAAAAUGGGGAAUAAAGGUGAGUAAAAACGAUCGGAGGGGGCAGGUACCUAAAUGCGCACACACACUGACAGGCUCACAUACAGACUCACGCUGACAACAGGCUUGCACGCACAAACUCUUGACAGACACACACACUCUUGACAGACUCACUCGCACACACACAGUCUCUUGAAGGCUCUCACACACUCUUACGCUGACAACAGGCUUGCUUGCACACACUCUGACAGACUUACACACACACACAUACAAACACUCUGACAGGCUCACACACACACACACUCUGACAGGCUUACACACACAUACACACACACACACACACACUCUGACAGGCUCUCUCUCACACACACACACAUACACACUCUGACAGGCUCUCUCUCACACACACACAGAUUUUUGUUUUAAUUGAAACCCACUCAGCCUCUCUACCUCGGGGAGAGCUGAGUGGGUCUUUCCCUGGGGUCCAGUGGGUCUGCACUCUUCCUGUGUGCGAAGGAGCAGUACUCUGCCUGUAGCUCCUCUCUGCUCCCUCGCAAUCUGUAAUGAUGCCGGGGCCGAAAUGAUGUCAUAUUCCUGCUCCCUGCAUCAUUACACAGUGCGAGGGAGCAGAAAGCAGCUCCAGAGUAUGCUCCCUCGCGCACCACCCACAAUGCUCCCACUUCCUCCAUGCUCCUCAGGGUGGCCGCCUACCUCCAUGCUCCCGCAGGCGGCCGCCUACCUCCAUGCUCCUGCCGCCUACAAUAUUCCCUAUGACAGCCGCAGUCAAAUUUCCCUUGGCAGCCACACUAAUUAGAGAGCUGGCACAUCCCAGAUGCCAGGGCGAACAUUUUAGUCGCAGUGGCAACCUGGCGCCUGGGAUUUGUCGAGCCCUGUGUUAUUGUGUGUAUGUGAUUUAGUAUGUCUCUGUAUUUGUGUUUAAUAUGUGGCUGUGUGUACUAGUAUUUGUAUGUACAUUAGUUCAUGUCUGCGGAAGUGUGUGCUUAUGUAUGUAGGUGUAUUUAUUUGAUUGUGUUUGUGUGACGGAACGCCGUCACUGAGUACCAUGAACACCCACUUGCCCAGUCACAUCGGACCCCAAAGGACCUGGACUGUGGACUCAGGGGGGGUCAAACAGACCUGUUUCAGGCCCAUCAGGGGUCUGGCCUCAAGUCUAUCUAUUUCUAAGGGGGUUGUUAUGUGAUGGAUGGCCUGAUUUGUUUGGCGCAAGCCAUAAGCUUGUGGUGCCAUUUUUGUGACGGGUUUCCCUGUAUCUAGACAUCGCUGUAUUGUGUACCUGUAUUAUACAUAGAGCAGUCUGUGCGUCUGUAAAUGCAGCUGUGGGUCAUCAAAGGGUGGGGGAACCGGUCUAUAAACUAUAAAGUAUAGUUAGGUGUGAAAUGUAUUCUGUGUGUUAAUCAAGUUAAAUGCUGCACUGGGAGUGACCACCUGCUGUGGGACCCAGCAAGUCUAUCUACUACAGCAAAUGGCUAGGGCAUAGGGCAGCACAAAACCAGGAUACACCACUGUGUGUGUCUAUGUAUAUGCAUGCAUGCAUGCUAGUGUUUAUAUUUGUAUGAAUGUCAGUGUGUGUUACCAAUAAGGUGAUGUGUGGAGCAAGCUAUGUGUGAGUGGCUAAUUCUGUACGACAGGCUGAACAUGUAUAUGUUUGUGGGGACGGGGGGGAGGGGGGAGGUGGGGAUGGAUAACAUACUCUAAUUAGAAAUAUGACUGGUAAUUUGUGUUUCAAAUACAAAUGUCUGGACACACCUGUUGGUUACUUUAAAGAGUCCGUUUUUAUCCAGGAGUACAGAAAUAGACAAUGUUUUGUCACCUAUCUAUGCCUUUGUCAAGUCUUUCAAGUCGGACUUAACAAAGGUACAGAUAGGUAUCGAAACGGUGUCUAUUUUCGUUACUCCUGAAUAGAACAUUGCCUCUUUAAAUAAACCAACAGGUGCAUCCAGACAUUUGUGUUUCAAACUACUGGAUGUAUUUGGGAGUUAGCCUUCCCAAUUUGGAGGCACCCCGAUGGGAGUAUUCCCUGGAUAAUGGUGUGUGCAUUUCCUCUUCAUUUGAAAAAUAUGAUCAUUUUGUUUCAGCUCACUCCUGUAUUGUUAACACCAAGGACCUAGCGUCCCUCUAUGAAAAGCUACAUGUCCAGGAAACUAAUUGCUGGAUUUCUGUGUUGGAAAAGAAUAGCCAGGAAAAUCCAAACCAAAAAAACUGUGUAAACUGUUCAGCUGUUUCCACAGUGACGUUUCAGGAAGCUAAUCACUUACUGAGAUGAAGAUAUCGGAUGUUUGUGAGCAAGUUUCAGUUUGUUACUAUGUUACAGUCUAUUACUGUUAUUACUAACUGUAUAGACUGUGUUAAAAUAAAUACUAUUAUACUGCAAGUUUUCAUAGUGUGUUCUGAUGACCGUACAUAUAAAUGGAUAUUAUUAUUUUUAAAGAUAUUUUAUAGAGAAUGGGUUAAUGGGGAGAAUGCAGCCAGAGCAGACAGCUUCUGGGAUCUUUCAACCUGUUAAAUCCAUGUUUCUUUUAUCCGUUUUCCUGUGAAGCUGCACGUUUUCAUUUGCACAUACACACUAGCCUGCAGGCAGAAUAGUCCAUAAAUAAAAUACUGAUUGCUUAGGCUUUGCUUUUGAAUGUUGCACUUGGCAACUGGAUUCUAUUGCCUGGGAAACAGGCUUAAUCACAAGUUUGUAUCUUUAGCUUGAUGAAACACUUUUGAUGUAUAGAACAUGCCCCUGCAGCCUCACUGCUCAAUCCUCUGCCAUUUAGGAGUUAAAUCACGUUGUUUAUGAACCCUAGUCACACCUCCCUGUAUGUGACUUGCACAGCCUCCCUACACACUUCCUGAAAAGAGUCAUAGUUUACACUUGCUUUAUUGCAAAUUCUGUUUAAUGUAUAAUUUCUUAUCCCCUGCUCCAUUACUAACUUGCUAGACCCUUCAGAAGCCCCCUGUGUGUAAUAAAUGUUCAAUUUAAAGAGCAGGAGAUAAAUAAUAAUAAUUUUAAACUGACACAAUGAAAAAAAAAAAUAAUGCAGGCUGUGCCAGUCACAGCCAGGGGAGUUGUGGCUAGGGCUGCAUAAACAGAAACAAAAGUGAUUUAACUUCUAAAUGGCAGAGAACUGAGCAGUGAAACUUCAGAGGCACGAUCUAUAUACCAAAACUGCUUAAUUAAGCUGACGUUGUUUUGGUGACUAUAGUGACUAUAGUGUCCAUUUAAAAAAAUAAAAAUAAAUUGUAUUUAAUUGUAUUUAGCAUUGGCAAUUUCAGUUUUCAUUUCUACAUUAGCUCCACCUCCCUCUUUCUCCCCACAAUCCAUCUUUUAUACUUCUAUAAAAUUUCUUUUAUAAGUUAGAUGAUUCUUGGCAAGACAUGGGCUUCAAUCAGUUUCUGCAACCACGUCUUGCCAUUUCCCAUUGACCAUAACGGCUGGUGUUAACAGCCAUCCCUGCGGGCAAUAGAAAUACAGCUUAAAUUUUUUGUAAAACUUGCUGUUUGAAGAAUGUUUGUUUGUCUGUUUUUACCUAAAGUUUUAAUUCCCUGGUUGAUUCCCCUACAAUUUACUGUUGGGAGAAUACUCUUCCUGGAAUUGAGAUUACUAUCAGUGACCAAAAUAUACACAGGUGAGGAUAAACAAAUGUCAGCUGGGUCCCGAGGCUGCUGUAAACUUCAGAUUUCAGUAAAGAAUAAUAGCAAACAUAGUAAAAGUAAAAUUUCCCUGACUUUUCCAUAUAUUACUGAACUUUUGUUAACUGUUGAGCAUGUGCCUACACUGAGGCAUUUCUAUCCAUUUUCUAGAAUGUAUAAAUGCUCUUAACAUCUUAUUUAAUCUUGUAGGAUAAAGCCUUGGGUUUUGAGUGUGUUUAAUAUGACUUGCAAAGUCAAUCUGUAACUAUGGAUUUUUUCCUCUCGUCUUCCUCGCUUUAGCUUGGACUGGAUAUGGAAGAGCUAGAGGAGAUAGAAGAGGAUGCAGGCCUUGGUAACGGUGGAUUGGGUCGUUUGGCAGGUAUGUCAUUUGCAUGCAAACCUUAAGAUUUCACACUCUAUAUACAGCAAGCUUGGAGAGUAAAUGGCAUAAUCACCAGACUGUGAAUUACUAAUUGCUAGGAUUGCAUUUUCACUUGCCAAUGGGCCAAUUUCUAGUGGAGAACAAUGUAUAGAUUUUUAAAAAUUAUUUCAUAUUUAUUUAUUUUUUACAAACAUAAAAAAAAAAAAAAAACAGAGUAAGAAAAUAAAAACACAACCAUACAUAUAUAUCCUUUUAAAACAUCCACUACUACAUCCCCACUCAUCCACACCCAUACUCCCUCCUCCUGUAAUGCAGUUUCUAACCAUAAAAUACAACAUUCCACUAAGCACUACAAAUACAUUUAAUUGUUUUUCCUUCCAGGUUUGUUUUUAUAUUCAGUCCAAGGAGACCAUCUUUUAUUAAGUUCUAUACUUUUUCCUGUACUUGGAUAUAUUAUAUGUUCCAUUUCACAUAUUUCAUCUACCUUAUUAUACCAUUCAUUGAGUAAGGGGAUUUGUGCUUGUUUCCAAUAUUUUGGCAUCAGAAUCUUUAUUGAAUUUAACAAUCAUUGCAUUAAUGUAGGGUUCAUUUCAAUUUCGAGAUCUUCAAUUUUUCUUUAUUAUAGUUACAAUUUUUGUCCCAUAAUGGGAAUAAGAGUGGGCAAAACCACCAUAUAUGUAGGUUGGUGCCCUAUUCUAUUAUUAUUAUUAUUAUUAUUGCCAUUUAUAUAGCGCCAACAGAUUCUGUAGCGCUUUACAAUAUUAUGAGAGGGGGGAUUUAACUAUAAAUAGGAAAAUUACAAGAAAACUUACAGGAACGAUAGGUUGAAGAGGACCCUGCUCAAACAAGCUUACAGUCUAUAGGAGGUGGGGUGACACUUUGAAUGAGUUAGCAGUUUGAGGAUACAGGAAGCCAAUCUAAGUACUGACAGAGGGAUGAGGUGUGAGAGGACCAACUAGAGAGGAAAAUCCGUCUGGUGGCAGCAUUCAUUACAGACUGUAGCGAAGCAAUACGGCUUUUGGGAAGACCAAUUAGGAGAGGGUUACAAUAAUCAAUGCAGGAAUUUACUAGAGCAUGGACACGCUCCUUGGUAGCAUCUUGUGUAAGAAAGGGGCGGAUGCGGGCUAUGUUUUUAAGAUGGAAUCUACAGGAUUUGGCAACAUACUGGAUGUGAGACUCAAAAGUGAGGCUAGAAUCAAGUAUGACGCUACGUCUGCACGCGUGCAAGGAUGGACUGAUGUGGAUACCACUAACUUAAAGGGAGAGCGAAAGAGAAGGAUCAGUAUUAGGAGGAGGAAGGACAAGGAGCUUAGUUUUAGAGAGAUUGAGUUUCAGAAAGCUGGAGGACAUCCAGUCAGAGAUGGAAGAAAGGCAAGCAGUGACAUGUUGCAGGACAGCAGGGGAGAGAUCCGGGGAGGAGCGAUAUAUCUGGGUGUCAUCAGCGUACAGGUGGUAGUGGAAUCCAAAUGAGGUAAUAAGUUUGUCAAGAGAGGCAGUAUAAAGAGAAAAUAGAAGGGGACCAAGGACAGAGCCUUGGGGGACUCCAGCCGAGACAGAACGAGGGGAGGAGGUUUCAUUAGAAAAUAAGACACUGAAUGAGCAUUGGGAGAGAUAAGAGGAAAACCACGAGAGGACAGAGUCACAGAGACCGAGUGAUUGAAGAGUUUGAAGAAGGAGAGCAUUAUCAACAGUGUCAAAGGCAGCAGAGAGGUCAAGAAGAAUUAGUAUGGAGUAGUGGCCUUUGGAUUUAGCUGCGAUUAGGUCGUUCAUAACUUUGAUAAGAGCAGUUUCAAUAGAGUGGAGAGGGGGCGGAAGCCAGAUUGAAGAGGGUCAAGGAGAGAGUUGGAAUUGAGGAAGUUAGACACUUGGGUAAAGACAAGUCUUUCCAGAAGCUUUGAGGAAAAAGCGAGCAGGGAUAUAAGACGAUAGUUCGAGGGGGAGGACAGGUCAAGAGAUGUUUUUUUCAGGAUAGGUACUACAGUGGCAUGUUUAAGGUCAGCAAGGAUAACACCAGAAGAGAGAGAGCAGUUGAAUAUGUGUGUUAAGGAAGGUACAAGACAGGGGGAGAGAGAUCUGAUAAAGUGAGAUGGGACAUGAUCGAGUUGGCAAGUAGAGGUGAGAAAAUCUGAAAGGUAGGUAGGAAAGGCAUGAUUAACGUGUGGUUGAGAAAGAGAACUCUAAAGAGAAUUAUUUCUUUAGCUGUUCAAUCUUGCCAGUAAAGCAGCAGGCAAAGUUAAGGUUAGUAAGGGGGUGGCCACAGCAAGGCAAAGAAGAGAGUUAAAGGUGUCAAACACCCUGGGAUUGCGUAAGCACGAACUAAUGAGAGGAAAAGUAUGAAUGUUUGGCGAGGUCAAGGCCUGCGCUGUAUGAACACAAUAGGAAUCUAUAAUGGAGAUAGUCUGUCUGGGUGCGAGACUUCCUCCAGGAGCGUUCAGCACAACGGGAGCAACUCCACAGAUAGCGUGUUGAUUUAUUAUGCCAUGGUUGGGGGCGUGUCCUCCUCGAGGUGUAUGUUUGGAGCGGGGCUGCAGCGUUCAAGGCAGAGGUGAGGGUAGUGUUAUAUGUGGAGAUGGCCAGUGAGGGACAGGAGAGAGAAGUGAUAGAUAGCAGUUGUCAACAAAUAUCAGCUGACAGCUGCUGGAGGUCAAUAGAAUUAAGAUUCCUCCUGAGUGGAGGGGGGUUAGGCUGAGGUUGUUUGAGUGUGGGGGUACUUAAGAGCAAACAAUAAGAGUUGGUGAUCAGAGGAAAUGGAGUGUUGCAGAUAUUAGAUACUGUACAUGCAUAAGAGAAAAUGAGGUUGAGGAUAUUGCCAGCUACAUGGGUGGGAGAAAUAGCCCACUGUGAUAACCCGAGGGAGGAAGUCAUUGAAAGUAGUUUAGAGGCUGCUGAGGUCAAACAUGUAUCUGACGUACCUUGUUGGAUUUUAUGUAACUGGGUCUCUAUACCACUCCGAUAAGAUCUUAAAGGAAUUCUCCUGAAUUUUUAUUGACAAAGAGUGAUAUUUAUUGACUUAUAAAACCAUCUUGUUGCAUUGUUUAUUGUUAACAUUUGUAGUACAGUCUGAUUCCCAUUUCUUAAUAAAGGUUUUAUCCAUUUCCUUUUCUAAGAUAAUUUUAAAGGAUUUUUUAGUUACCAAAUUAAUGGGAGCAUUCUUUCAACCUGUGACAAGUUUAUUGCUUUUAAAGAUAUACUAAUCCCUACCUGUUGGAUGGAGAAAGCCAUGUUGUUAUGAAAAGUUGAAAAUUCUGGAUUUCCUUUUCAGGAGUAACGUAUUUAAAAGUUGCAGCUAUAAAAAAAAAAGUUGGACAUUAGUGUAGAUCUUUUGUAUAUUCACUGAAGGAGAAAGAGCUCUUGGACACGCAUUUUUUUUAUAUAUAUGUUUGAAUAUUCAAAUCAAUUGAGGGCUAUAUAUGGCUCACAAUAUGUAAUGCUUGCCAAGUUUAUUUACUUAUAAUUGUGAUAGCUAGGAAUUAAGGCUAUACUAACUCUAUGAUGAUUGCUCUAUCUUUAGCACUUUGCCCCAGAAUAUCAGCUGCUUUUGUUGUGAUAUAUCUCGAAUAUAAAGUCUCUAUGUCUUCACGAAGCUGUUGUCUGUGACUUUAGAUUUGUGACCAUUUGGUAAUUGUGGUUUUUUUUGUGUGUUUUAGCUUGUUUCCUUGAUUCUAUGGCCACUCUGGGCUUGGCUGCAUAUGGCUAUGGAAUCCGAUAUGAGUUUGGGAUAUUCAAUCAAAGGAUUAUGAAUGGCUGGCAGGUAAAUCCAGAACUCGAUAAAAUUCCAUUUCGCUAUGGUUACUAAUUAUUUAAGUAAUACUUAGACAGAACCAGCUUAAAACAGCAGUACUAAUUGAGCUCCGUGCUGUGUUCAAUUGCGUGCUAAAAAAAUAUAAACAGAAUGUGUGUUAAACUUGACCCUGAUAAUCUUUUACAUCAACUAAUUAUUCUGUAUUUAUGUUAUAUGGCUUUAAUACCAUGUCAGUUUUCAAGGGAAAUACCAAAACCAUAAAACCUUGCAUGUUCAUUGAUUUAGUAUUAGUUCAUUGAGAUGUAACAAGGCAAAGAUCAAUUUUACACCUGUUCUAUGCAAGUGUUACUGAAAAUAUUGCCUAGUUUAUUUUAGCAAUGAUUUUAUGUAAAAGAACAUCACGGAUAAAAACCAUGUGGUAAUCAUGUGGGAACAAGAUUUCCCUUGGUACAAAUCUGAUAUUUUCUUUUACAAUUUGAUUUUUCAACCUGCAGUUUGGCUACUACAUAUAUCAUAAUUGUAUUUAUUUUCAAUACAUUUUGUAAAAAUUUUGUUAAACAGAAAAGGUGUUAUUUGUUAAUAAAAUUUCUAACGACUCGUGAUUUGAAGGAUUAUAUUGUCCCCUGCACUGUGCAUAUUUACAUGAUUGUUUGAAUAUUUAAAUCUAUUGAGGGUUAUAGAGGGCUCACAAUAUGUAAUACUUGCUGAGUGAUUCCUUACUGUUCAAUUUGGCAUCAAUGUAGCUAUUGAUUGGGGCUUGGUUCAGGGCUGAAUCAGGGCUAAACAUGCUUGCCAAACUGCCUUAGAAUGUGCAGGGUGGAGUCAGGCACUAAAAUAGUUUGACAGAUUAGAUUCUAAGCCUCCUGCUUUUCUGCUGGGAAAGAGGAGACGUGGAACGGACCCAUGCAGGAAGUUAAACUGUUACUAAACGGUUUGACUUCUAACAGCUGGUGGUGCACCAGGGCAUGCCUGCCACCAUGACCAUUACAGUAGGAUGUUGUGGUUAUGGUGCUUGGAGUGUUCCUUGUAACUUUUUUUUUGGUGCAUAGACUAUUUAUGAUUACAAGCCUCCCACCCUCCCUCUAAUUAAAAAGUUAUACAUAAGUACACAAGUAAAAAAAAUAUAUUUUUAAAUAUGUGUUGAUCGAUAAAAGAAAAAUGCUAAACAAUAAUACUUUGUAAACAGCCCACCCUAAGACUUGCUAAACUACAAUAAAUGUACCCUUUGAGUGUCAAAAAGGGUGAACAAAUCAUUACUUUUCAAUGCAAAGGUCAUCAAAUUAGGGCCCUUGAUAUAAGCGUCUUGAAAUUUUUAUUUGCAUACUUUCUGUGCCUGUGGAAUAACUCAGCAUUCCCUGUUGAUAAAGGUUGAGGAAGCAGAUGACUGGCUGCGUUAUGGUAACCCCUGGGAGAAAGCACGUCCGGAGUUCAUGCUCCCAGUUCAUUUCUAUGGGCGAGUGGAGCAGACGGCCGAAGGCUCCAAAUGGGUGGAUACUCAGGUAUGUGUCUGUGUUACACACACUAGAUCUGUGUGAUAGGCAUAAGUAUUGUAAGUGCAUUUUUAAAGCAACUGGUCUGCAAGCUCUAGAUUCUAAUCGUCUUCUCUGUGUAUUUAGUGAAGACAUUUAUGCUAUCUGCCUCUCUCAAACAAAUGCUGGGAAAAAAGCAUGUCAGUCGAAUAUUAUCCAUCCCAGCUCCCACUGUUCCUGCUUGAUCUCUGAUUACACACUGUAAUAGUUUAGGUCAAGGGGUGGACAAAGAUAAAUAGCAGAACUACAAAUACCAUGAUGCUUUGUCAAAGUGCUUUGUCAAAGGCUGCCAGGCUUAAGGUGGCUGGCAAUUUGGUAGUUGUAGAUCUACAACAGCUGGGGACCUACCGUUAGAACCGCUUAAGUGAUAUUACCAUCAUUUUGGUUUAUUUUAUAAUAGUGGUUCUGUGGGGUGUUGCAGUGAACACACAAAAAUAAGGCGGUUAAGAUGACAGAUAUUGGCUGGCGUUGAUUGCAUGUACAUUUAUGCAUUGCUGGGUUAGCCUGUGCUAAUGAAGGUCUGUUGUAUUUUCUCUCCUCAGAUUGUUCUUGCAAUGCCUUAUGACACUCCAGUUCCUGGAUACAAAAACAACACUGUUAAUACAAUGAGGCUUUGGUCUGCCAAGGCACCAAAUGAUUUUAAUCUUCAAGAAUGUAAGUGCAUUGUCUGAUAUAAUGGUCUGUGUAAUAUAAUGUGCAUUUAGUGAUAUGAGUAAAAUAUGAUCACAUUUAUACUAUCUAUCUAUCUACUGUGGUACAUUUGACUAUCAAGAUGAAAUCUUAUACAUUUAAAAUAAAGGUGGUAAUGGUUUAGAAUAGAAGCAUUAUAACAAAAAAUAGAGAGGUCCAGGCACUCCAGAUCGCAGUGAAAUAGGCAGUUUAUUAAACUCACAGCCAAAGCAACGUUUCGACCAAACUGGUCUUUGUCAAGUGUGCUUUGGCUGUGAGUUCAAUAAACUGCCUAUUUCACUGCGAUCUGGAGUGCCUGGACCUCUAUUUUUGGUCUACUUAUCUACUGGUCUUUUGGUACUGAGGCCGGCAUGGCUGCACCCAGACUCAGAUUACGUUGGGGGAUUAAUUUCAGUUCCAUCUCAUCUUUUUAGAAUAGAAGCAUUAUCAGUAAUGGAAAUCCUGAUUAUUACUUGAAAUAAGAUUCUUUACCGUUAGUGUUAGCGGAUUUGUUUUGGUAGCCUCGAAAGAGAGGUAAAGGGUGUGUUCCAUACAGCUAAGUUUUCAUACAUGCAUCACUAUACCCUCUUAAUACAAUUCUUCCAGAUAAAAUUGUCCCUUUUAACCCUCAUAAUGUUGACAGCUUAGAAAAACAAGUCUCUUGCUCUCUAUUAAAACUAAGACCACAUUCGUUGUAAACAAACAUGACUGGCAGAUAAUUUAUGAAAUUACACUGAUCAGCAACAGCAUAAAACCACCUGCCUAAUAACGUAUAGGUAGCCCUCGUGUUACCAAAACCGCUCUGAUGUCGAGGCAUGGACUUCACAAGGCCUCUGAACAUGUCCUGUGGUAUCUGGCAAAAAGUUAUUAGCAGCAGAAUCUUUCUAUCAUUGUCAACAUUAAGCUUUUCAGCAAUUUGAACUAAAGUAUCUCUUCUGUGUGAUUGAACUAAACGGACUAGCUUCCGCUCCCACAUGCAUAAAUGAGCCAUGGGUGCCCAAGACCCAGUGCCGUUUCACUGGUUGUCCUUCCUUUUGUCACUUUUAGUAGGUUCUAACCACUGCAUACCAAGAUAACCCUACAAGACCUGCCAUUUUGGAGAUGCUCUGCCCAUUCGUCAAGCUACUACUUGGCCCUUGUCAAAGUCUUUGAAAUCUUUUCGCUUGCGCGUUUUCCUGCUUUCAAUACAUAAAAAUUCAAGAAAUUACUAUUCACUUGCUGCCUAAUACAGUCCACCCCUUAACAGGUGCCAUUGUAGCAAUAUAAUGAAUGGUAUUCACUUCACCUAUCAAUGUUUUUAAUGUUGUGGCUAAUCAGUGUAUAUAACAGGAACCAAAUACCUAUCCGCAUAGACCCCAACCCAUCAUUAUCCUCAGAUCCAAACUCUUUGAAAUGUUGCCAUUAAAUGUGAGGAGAAAGUUUAUUCUGAUACAGUACAUUUUAUGGAAUUAAGCAGAGCAUCAAAAAUGAAACUGAUGUAAUUUUCCAGGACAGAUUCCAAACAAAGUAUCCCACAUACAAUAAGCAAUUACAGCACUACAUGAGAGUAAGUGCACAGAUGGCCCAGUUUAAAGGGACACUGUAGGCACCCAGACCACUUAAGCUAAUUGAAGUAGACUGGGUGCUGUGAUCCUUUUGCACUUAGUGCUGCAAUGUAAAAAAUUGCAGUUCCAGAGAACUGCAAUGUUUAUAUUGCAGCUCUAAGUCUGCCCCCAAUGGCUGUCUGCCAGACAGGCACUGGGAGAGUUUCUGGAAUCCUAAUAGACUUUUGGUCUGUUAUCUGACACCUCAUGGACCUCCAGCAUCCGAUUUUCCACAUCUGUGCAAUAAUCAUGCUGUCUAAUCAGCAUCUUGAUAUGCAACACCUGUGAGGUGGAUGGAUUAUCUCGGCAAAGGAGAAGUGCUUACUAACACAGGUUUAGACAGAUUUAUGAAUAAUAUUUAAGAGAAAUAGGCCUUUUGUGUACAUAGAAAAAGUCUUAGAUCUUUGAGUUCGGCUCAUGAAAAAUGGGGGCAAAAACAAAAUUGUUGCAUUUAUAAUUUUGUUCAGUGUAUAUUUUAAUUUAUUUACUAAUCAAAUUACUGCCCGUUUGGAUCUGUAUUUUAUCAUCAACUAUUCAGUAGAACAGUGGGCUGAUUCACAAUAGUAAGGGAAUGCAGGGAAACAGCACCUUCACAAGUGUCCUCAACUCAAAUAGAGAUGGAACUAUAUGCAAAACAAGAGGAUAAAUAAAAUGGAAUAUGGUGGAGUAUUUUUGAUGCUGGUGAUUAUAAAUAAAAGAAUGGAAAUGCUCUUGAAAUCAGCUCCAGAUAUAUGCGCUUGGACGGUACUAUCCCUGUCUGUGUAUAUGCUCAGGGACAUGUCUUCCGCGAGGCAAACAAGGUAUCUGCCUUGGGCGGCACUUGUCAAGGGGAUAUAAAGAAAUCCGCCCCCCAAACGCCCAGACAGAUCCCUUGCUUGUCUCGAGUCCUGGGGGGCUCAAGAACUAGCCAGCUGGCCACUUUUGAGGCGGCGGGGGAGAGAGGGAGAAUACUUACCUGAGCACUUCCUGCUCAGCUGCCUCCGCGCCGCUUAAUGAAGCCGGGAUUCGGAAUAUGACGUCAGACCGGCUCCCGGCAUCACUAAGCGCCGCCUACUCAGCCUGUGCGCCCCUUGCCUGCCCGACCAGCUGCCACAUUGGACAGGUAAGGAAUCCACUCCAGCCCUGGAGGCUGGGUGGAUUUAAAAUAAAAUAAAAAUAAUUAAAGGUGAGUGUUGGAAGAAAUGUGUGUGUGUGUCUGAAAGUGUGUGUGUCUAAGUGAAUGUGUGUGUGUCUAUAAGUGUGUGUGUGUCUGUAAGGGAAUGUGUGUGUGUGUCUGUAAGUGUGCAUGUGUGUGUGUCUAUAAGUGUUUGUGUGUCUAUGCGAGUGAAUGUGUGUGGGUCAGUGAGUGCGUGCGUCUGACAGUGUGUGUGCAUCUGUCAGUGUGUGUCCAAGUAACAGUGUGUGUGUAUGUCAUUGUUUGUCAGUGUGUGUCUGUCAAUGAGUGUAUGCGUCUGUCAGUGAGUGAGUGUCUGUCAAAGUGUGGCCUUGAUAGGAAGGGAUGGGGGAAAUGUAAAUUGGGGAGGCGGGAGCAGCCCAGAUCCUAAAUACACCACUGGAUAUGCUGAUCUUUGUUUCAGUCUUAAUCUUAUGUGGAAAGGUAUCCUUAGGCUGGUCAGGAGUGUGUGGUGGUCAGCGUUCGUAGGUCUAAACGGAGAGCACAGUAAAGUUAUGCACACUCAUAUACACAUAUAAUCCUCCAGGUAAAAAUCUUCAGAGAUAAAUAGGAAGGUCCAAAUUCAAUUAAAAAAAUAGGUUUAUUUAUAAUCAAAAUAAUAAAACCAAAAAUAUAGUAUAAACACUAAUGCAUUUCACCUUGACACAGGUUUUUUCAAAGCGUCCAUUUUGAAAAAGCCUGUGUCAAGGUGAAACGCAUUAGUGUUUUAUUGGUGUUUUAUACUGUACUUUUGGUUUUAUUAUUGUGGUAUUAUUUCCUGUAAGUCAUGGAGGAGACAUGCUACUCAUGCUACUCUUAAAUGAGCAUUGGGGACCUGAUGCGCAUGCUCAGUGCUCGCUGCACACUCAUCCAAGCUUCCUAAUAAGCUCCCGUGUCACGUGUCGGGCUUUACUUGAUCAGUGUAGCGGAAGUGACUCUAGAGAUGGAUUUAAAAAAAAAAAAUACUGCAAUGCUUAAUUAAAAGGAUUGGGGCAUUGCACCCCCAGGUCCUAUAAGAUCUUUCUAGAAAAAGUCAGAGUUUGGAAUCUCAGCACUCUGAAUCAGACAGGGAACACUGCUAUUAAUAUUCAAGUGAAGGUGGCUCACCUGGAUCCGGUGAACAUGCAGUGCAUGCUUACAUUGUACAUAAAAAUGAAUCUCUGCUCCUCACGUUACGCUAGUGGAAAGGGGAGGUGGAAUAUGGGCACUGGAGAUUUAACUUAAAAUUAAGAACACAAGAGAGAUUUAAACGGUUUGCUGGAAAAGUUUCACUGCACUAUAAUCUCUACAAUAAACUGUCUUGGCUGUAUUUCUUAUCAUGUCCAUUUAAGGGGUGGUAGAGUUACCUUAGAUCAUUUGAUGUAAUCUUGUAUCGUUCGUUGUAAUACCCUACUUUAAUUUAGCUACAACUAUCGUAACUAUCGACUUGCCUUAGUUCAGUGGUCUUCAACCACUGGUCCGCAAGAAUUUAUUGCCGGUCCGCGAAAGCUUUACCCGACUAUACCGUCGGGUGAAAGCUUUCGUGAACCUGCAAUAAAGUGCCGCAAAAUAAUUCCCUGGUGCUAUGAUCUUACGAUCAUAGCACCAGAAACCGUGCCUCCCUCUACCUUGCCGGCUCUGCAGGACUGGAGGGGAGAUCAGAGAUCUCCCUCUCCAGCCCGCUGGCAGUGCAAUGCAGCAGCCGGCAGGGAAGGAGGGAGAGAGGACCCAGGGGACUCUAACCUGCAAUUCCACCGGGUUCUCCUCUCGCGAGCUCAGAGCGUUGCUGCAGUUACCACUGCAAUGCUCCGAAUCUUGUGAGAGUGAACUGCUAGAGGCUGCUAGAGUUCACUCUAACCACUGGGACCACCAGGGCUUCCCCACCGGGCCUCGAGGGAGUGCAGGAAAUGUCCCCUCUCUCAGGCAAAGGUAAGCAGGGAUGGGGGAUAUCAAAAUUACUUUUUUUUUUUUUUUUAAAUAUAUUUAUUUAUCUACUCUCCAACCCCACAGACCUACAAACAUCCUCCCAUAUACACGCACUGCCCCAUACCCAAACACACUGCCCUAUAUACACACACACUUACCUCAUACCCCCACACACAUUGCCACCCCCACACACACACACACACACACUGCCCUCCCCCAUACUCACUCACAAACUGCACCCUUCACACACACACUACAUCCCUCACACAUACCAUUGGUUUUUAUUGCUGGCUGACGCUGGUCCGCGAAAUAUUUCUCCUCUUUUCGCCAGGUCGCGGGUCCUAAAAGGUUACAGAACACUGCUUUAGGUCACUCAAGGACUUACUGCAGCUAUAGAGGUACCUGCUGGCUGUUUUGAUCAGGUUUGUGCACCUGAAAACCAGUUAACGUUGGAGCAGUAUGAAAAGCUGCUUAAUAUGCUUUAAGAAAGGGAAUGCACAUCAGAUGGAGUGGACAGGACAUUCCUUUUGCUAGAAAGGAAAUUUUAUGAAAGCAGUGACUGCUUUAAUCAUCAGUUUUCUAUUUUGGUCAUACUCAUUCCUGGUGGUGGUGGUACCGAGUGGCAAUGUGGCAAUGAAAGGACAUCUUUCAACAGGUUUUUCUAUUACAGGAGCACACUUACAUUGUAAGAAUUGUUACAUUGUCUCGCUCUUGUGAUUAUCUGUACAGUGCUAGCGACAGUCUUGGGAUGACCAUAUAAGGGGAAUACAUGUGGCCCAAGCUACUGCUAUUUUAGUUUAGAUCUUGCCAAGGUUGUUAGGAUGUCGUGUAAAUUUUUAUUAAAGAAAUAUGAUUCUUUAUUUGUCUUCUUCCUAGCAUGAAAUGUUUUGUGAACAGUAAUUCUAGUCCAAUAAUUAUAAACAUUUAUUUUUUUUCAAACAAGCACAAAAGAAUGUGUAUAUAUUUUUUAACAUUUUAUUCAUAAAAUGCACUUAUCCAGAGCUCUCGGUCACGUACAGGAGCUAGUGACUAAACUGACAAUGCAUGAAAAUACUAAUGGCUCUGUGAUAGUAAUAGCAAUACUUUGAAGCUGUCAGUUCUAGUUAUUUGAAACAUAUGUAGCAUCAAGAAAUAUACAGAGGAUGUUGUGAAAGGAAUAUUUUGCUCAUUGCUACUUAUUUCAAAGUCUCAGUGGCGCAUUAAGGAUGAUCCCAUUGUACAGUGCUAUGGAAUUUGCUGGCGCUAUAUAAAUAAUAGAAUAAUAAUAAUCAGUCAUCAUCAAUGCUGCAUUGAGUCUCAUUUAUUAAAAUUAAUUGUAUGGUUUUUGGGGUAAUUUAAAGAAAUGUAAAAAGGGCCUGUGCACUUUAGAUUGAGAAAACUCACAAUUCUCUUUGUGGUUCCAGGCAGGAUGUGGUAAGAAACUAAAAUAACAGAUAAUAUACAUGUGUUUCUUGUUUAGUUAGAAAAAUGUAUAGAUAAAAAAAAAAACAAGAAAGAAAUUAUUUUUAAACCCCAGUAAGUGGGUUUUCAUUCCAUAGACUUUUCCACCAUGAUUUUUAUAUACUUUAUUCCAUAAAUAACAAAAUCUGUGCAUUAUAGCUGAGUUGCAAUGUGUCUAUUUUCCCAACUCUUGGAAUUUAUAAAUAAGCCUAUAAUGUACAUUUAAGAGAUUUACUAUUUUUAACAGUAUAGAAAUUGCGCAUAAGUAUUGUUAAAUACAAAAAAUACAACCAGCUACUGAAAGGAGUAACUGCAUAUGUUUGUAAAAGUCUAUUAUACUAAAUAUAUAUUUGAAAUGGUAUACUUAAAAAGUCUUUGGCUAUGCAAUAUACAUUGAGUUAAUCGGUGUGGUGUAUGUGCUAAAGCACAGGGAUAAACAAAGGCUAGAGUUGACAGGGUCAGAGGUCACUGAGACGGUUAUGACCUGUUUGGAAUGUUCCUGCAAAUAGAGUGUUGGUGUAUGUGAAUAUAGACAUAUAAGAUGACUUACUAGAUUUCACGAUUUAAAAGGAACACAUCAACAAAAUUAUAAUUUAUUUUUUAAAUAAUUGAUAUAUUUUUUUUAGGCUUUGUUUUAAUGAUUUUGUAGUUAGACACCGAGUUAUUCAAUUUAAAUUAAUAUUGUGAUUAGAUUUUUGUGAAUAUUUUUGGCCUCAAAUUAGAUUAAAAAAAUAAAUAUAGUAUGACAUCUAAGGUCUUGGUAAAACGGGACUAUACAGUUAACUCGCCCCAUCGCACCAAACCCCCAACUAACACCCACAGAUUGACCUAUAGCCUUUAAUCAUCAUUUUUCAUCUAUUACACAUGUUAACCUAAUCUUAAUUCUGUAAUCGCCAUGUCUAUGUCUCAUAUACAAUACUUUGUAAUGGUUUGAACACACACUUAGACAUGCCUGUUAUAUUCCUACUAUGUUAUCAAAAAUGGUGCUGCAAACUUGACAUAUGCUUUUCUCAUGUGCUAAUCUUGGAAUUGUCAAAAUGUCUUUACUUGCAUGUUGUUGCUUUAAAGCACCACAAAAAUAACGAAUUAUAAAAAAAAAAUACAUAAUAAAUAAUAAAUCUUGAUUUGGGAAUUAUUUUACUAUUCAAUUAGCAAGAUAACAGAGAGAAAUCAAUAUAACUUUAUUGUGUAGUAUACAUGAGAAGAUGUAAGAAAAUAACACAGUGGUACAAUGAGCAAAUAUAUAUCCAAUUAAAAUUGAGGAAACCUUUGGAAAGAUCUGGGAAACUUGGACAGAAAUUGGGCUUGUGUUAUUAAAUGGGGGUUUGAGAAGAGGCCCAGAUAAUGCCAAAGAAAGUGUGUGAUGCUUUUGAGAUGUAAAUCAGUAUUGAAGUCCGAUUCCUAGUCUGGGUGGAAAACAAAGAUUUAUAAUGAUGUAGGUAGAUGGGGGAAAUACAGUUUUACUUCCCAACAAUUCACACUUUAGUGAAUGACUGUGACAAUUUGAUAUAAAUAUAAAUGUUGGUUAUACAAAUCUUGUCCACUAGCAUCCAUAAAAUGGAAUCACUGCAGUCUCAUAGAAAUGUUCUUUAUUUUAAUCUACAUACAGGAAAAUCUAACCACUCAGAGUUUAUCACGUUUGUUUAAAACAAAUAAAAUAAAGACCUAAUAACACAAAAUAAAUCCCAUAUUUGAUACUGAAGCUCUCUCUUUCCUAUUUAACAAAGGCUCUUAGCACCUGUUUGCCAGAUUAGUUUUGUACUAAGCCUUCUCAUUAUGAGAUAGCAUUGGCAAACAGGUGGUUGUGCAUGCAUACUUGUGUACAUGGUUGAAAAAGCUACAUUGCUGCCAGACUUUAAUGAUGCUUCAAAGGGCACCUGUCCUACCCCAAACAACUUAUGCUCAUUAGACUGAGCGUAAGAUCUUAUCUAUACAUCGUGCUAUCAGUUUUGCUAGCAAAGGUAUAGAUUUGGAGAAAAAUCUAUUUAAGUAUUUCCUCCCCAGCUCUCAGUCAAUGCCUCCCAUAGGUGGCCCCUCUGCUCUUCACUCAUAGGAGCACUCAAUUCCAACGCUGGCAACGACACCAGUGUGCCAACAUCACUGACGAGAUUUGCCCUGCUUAGGUAUGCUUUCCAAUCAGGGCAAAUCAAAGAUUUGGAGGAGCGGAGGAGGCUUAAGUGGUUUAUGAAGAGUAACUCCCACAAAGCGGCGCUGGAAUGGAGGAAAGGUGAGUAAAUCUUUAUAUCUUACAUUGAAUACACCACGUAUCUUUGUGAAUGGUGUAUUCAAUGUAUAUGGGAGCGAUUUCUGAUGAGUUCAUUUUUUUUCACAACAGGUUCACUUUAGGUGUAUAUGGACAUAUUUCAAAUGUUGUGUAUAUUCACCUCUUCUGUCAUCUCCUGUAUUGCAGUUAGCUUUAUAAAUCUGCAGAAUGACCUUUUUUAGAAAUAUGACCGGGUCAGACCUUUGUAUCUUGAAAGUAACACAGAACAACUGUGAUAACACCUAGCAUGGGUGAAUGUUUAUGACACCCUUGAGUCUCAUAGUUUAAUUAAAUAUUUUUUUCAAGUGAGGCAACAAGGCUGGCUAAUUGUUAUGGUCUAAUAAAUGUUUUCCUUUUUUACACGCAUUGCAUUGUAUUGACUAUCCUUAUCUGUAGACCGUAUUCUUUAAUUUAUAUUUUUCUCUAUUUCAGUUAAUGUUGGUGAUUAUAUAGAGGCCGUCUUGGACAGAAAUCUGGCUGAAAAUAUCUCCCGAGUCCUAUACCCCAAUGACAAUGUGAGUUGCAGUUUUAAAAAUCACACAUAAAUCACACAUUUAAAUUAAUAUAUUAAGAAAAAUGAUACCCACACCACCUUAUCUUGAAAUAGUAACUGGGUCCGUGAAGGCUCUAUAUAAUGUUUUACACUUCAAAGUUUGUCUGAAAUAAAUCCUUUUGACGAUCCUCCAAAACAACCUCAGGCGCUGUAGCAAGCUUGGCCAUGUGAAUGUCUGAGGAAAAAGUUCCUAUUUUCAAUAUUUUCAAUAUUUGCUCCAAUUGGUAGAAAAUAAUUUAAAUAACUGGGCAUCUCAUAUAUAACUGGGAAUCGCAUAUAUGUAAACAACAGUGAAGGAAAACAACAGAUAGUCACAGCACUAAUCUUAGUUUAGUGAGGAAUGAUCAUUGUUCCAUAGAUUUUCAAUACAUAAUGUUUAUUUUAUAUUUAUUUCUAAAUGUUUAUUUUUUAUUAUAUAUUCUGUAACUUUAGGUCUAUGAUCCACUGGGCAUUAAAGCACAAGCUUUCUAGAGAAACUACUUUGUUGCUCAUAUUAUUCCACGCAUGGUUGCCCCCUAGGUAAUUCAUUGGUCACCUGUGUAUUUAUAUACUUGGUGACUUGCCAACACAGUUUUUCCAAGGACCCAUAGAUCCUUUAGUGGUAAUGUACAGAGCAUUAAUUAUUUAAGGAUGACGGAAAAAUUGCUUAGAAAGAGGAAGAGAUCAUAUUGCAGGCAAGCAAUACAUGAUAUCCUUUAAAUAUCUCCUUCUGCAAAGAAGCAUUCACUCCAGUUGUUGUAAAAUACAUCUCCCAUAUUACUCUUACAGCCAAAAUGCUGGCAAAAAAUCAGGGGAGAUGUAGUCCACGACAUCUAGAGUGUCGAAGAUUGCCUACUCCAGAUCUAGAAGGACAGAAAAAUGCCAUCAACCAUGGAUAGGCAGGAAGGGAGAACUGGAAAUGUGUUAAGAACACAAUCAGUGGCGUACACAUGACCCAUGGGGCCCCGGUGCGAAAAUUGAUCCGUGGCCCCCCGCGCGCGCGCUUACUCGGCGCGGGUUGGGGCCGCAACACAUGGCGGCGGGCACCUGGUCGCAGGGGUUGCAGGGCUGCGACCCCGCGACCGCGGUAUGCACACACACUUAAAGGACCACUACAGACACCCAGAUCACAUCAGCUCAAUGAAGUGGUCUGGGUGCCAGGUCCCUCUAGUUUUAACCCUGCAGCUGAAAACAUAGCUGUUUCAGAGAAACGGCUAUGUUUCACUGAGGGUUAAUCUAGCCUCUGGUGGCUGUCUCAUUGACAGCUGCUAGAGGAGCUUCCGCGAUUCUCACUGUGAAAAUCACAGUGAGAAGACACGGAACGUCCAUAGGAAAGCAUUGAGUAAUGCUUUCCUAUGGGCGGUUUAAAUGCGCGCGCCUCUUGCCGCGCAUGUGCAUUUGGAGCUGAGAGGCGGAGGGAUCCCCAGCGCCAAGGGAGUCCGACGCUGGAGAAAGGUAAAUGCUGAAGACACAAACACACACUCUCACGAACAGACGCAUACACACUAGCUAACAGACACACACAUUUACUGACAGAGACAUACUCAGUGACAGACAUACAUACACACUCACUUACAAAACAUACACUUUCACUGACAAACACACACUCACUAACAGACAUCAAACACACUCAGUAACAGACACACACAGUAACACACUCACUAGCAGACACGCACCCAAUAACAGACACACACACUAACACACACACAAACACAUUUUUUUUUUAAAUUUAAUCCCUCCAACCUCCUUACCUUUUGGAGUGCUGGGGGGAUUCCCUGGGGUCCAGUGGUGGUGCUGCUGGGCUCCUGGGGCUCCUGGGUGGCCGGCGCGCGAGGGAGCACUCUGCUCUGAGUGCUUCCUCUUCAGCUCCCUUGCGCGCCGCAUAGGGAUGCCGGAGCUGGAAGAUGACGUCAUCUUCCGGCUCCGGCAUCAGUGCGGUGUGCGAGGGAGCUGAAGAGGAAGCACUCAGAGCAGAGUGCUCCCUCGCGCGCCCUCCCGCCUGCCUGCCCGGUGACAGCAGGGCCAGCCUCGGGGGGCCCUGAGGUGGCUGCCUCCUGGGCCCCCCAGGAGAAGAGGCUGGCCUUCUGGGUACAUACCGGGUCGCAGGGGCGGCCGGGCCCCCUGGUGGGCCGGGCCCGGUCGCAACCGUGACCCCUGCGACCCUGGUAUGUACGCCACUGAACACAAUACAGGUCUAAUAAAUUAAAAAUAAAACAUAAAAAAAAAUUAUUUUAGUUUCAUUUUAUUUUUUAAAUUUAUUAGACCUGCAUUGUGUUCUUACCAAAGACGAUUCGUUAAAAACGUUUAUCUAUUAUUGUCACUGUUUUGUCCUGUGACUAGAAGUUCAGAUCUAUUUGUUUACCUCUGGUUUGCAGAAGUUUCUUUUGGCUUUCUUGAACCUCUCGGUCUAUAUUUGCUGUUGUGUGCCUCACAUUUCCUAUUGUAUGUAUAUCGCUGGUGGAUGGGGAGAGCUGUCGCUUUCUUUUAGCUGAACUGUUAACCUUUUCUAAGGUUAGAAAUAAGCUGCUUGCUUAUUUAUUUAUCUGUAGUAAGAAAAAAAAAUUCUACGCAACAAGUGCAAAGUGAUUUCCAUGCAAUGAUUUUCAACGUUAAAGGAGAAUAUUAAUUGAGAGUGUCGUAAAUGGUUUCACAGAUUAUUAUGGGAUGGCCCCUGGUGAUAUACAGGAUGUUUCACACUGAAUGUUUUUGGAUUGUCUGCUAAUAUGUUACUCUGUCUUAGUUCUUUGAAGGUAAAGAGUUGCGUUUGAAGCAGGAGUACUUUGUUGUAGCUGCCACGCUUCAAGACAUAAUCAGGCGAUUCAAGUCUUCCAAGUUUGGAUGUCGGGAUCCGGUUAGAACAGCUUUUGAUUCAUUCCCAGACAAGGUAAAGUGCUUGAUCUAUUAUUCAUUAUUUAAUCCUACAUAGGGAUGUUCUCCAAAAAUACAUAUAAUAAUGCUACUAUAAAACACAUCUGUUAUAUUAGUUCAGAGAUAUCUUAAAGGUACCUGGUAUAUUCUGAGGUCUUCCACUAAACACGGAAUUGUACAUUUUAGUUUAAUUGAAAACAUUCAAUUUUUUCCCAAUUCAAAUAUGAUUUGCAAUGCUCCUUUUCAAUUUGCCAAGUUUUAGUGGAGAACCCUCUGGUGUCUGCAUUACAUUUUAUAUGUUUCUGGGCAGCCUCAAGGGAUAGUUUGGGAAUAGACGGAGCCAAUUAUAAAUAUUAUCUUGUGAAUAAAGUCAUAGCAUUACUUAGUAGCAUAGCAGUUUGUACACAGAACUUUAUGACUGAAUGUAGAUAUUAUAUUACCAUUAUAGAGCAGAAAAUUCAAAAGGGUAACUUAUAGAACAGUUUGUAAAAUAAAGAUUUGUGGAAAUAAGCAUUUUAUUUUUCUCCAAUGGUGCAGACUAAGAAUACCUCCUGGUGCUUUAGUCGCUGUGGACUAAAGCACGAUGGAAGUUGUAAAUCAUAGUAGCUGGGAUGCCAGGAUAUUGCUUGUCCUUUCUACUGAAAACUGCAACCCCAAUCAAAGUGUUUGUUGGACUCUGCAGUUUUGGGCAUUGUGUACAUUGGCAGAGUGUGAUGGGAGUUACAAUUGGAAUUGCAAUCUAUUGUAAAGCAUCACUUCCAUCAUGCAUACAAAACAACAAAUACAUUGUGUGGUGAGAGCUGAUGUGCCAUGUAGUUUAUAUAUACUGUGAAAAUAGGAUGAUUCUGUACCAUUUACUCAUACUCACUUUUCUUAUCAUGAUUGACCGAAAGAUAUUUGAAAAUGGCUCAUAAUUUUCGCAGCAGUCGAGAGAGAUAGGGUGGAGGCAACUUUUAAAUCUGUGCCUUGCAUUUCAUGCUUUGCUUGUCAUCAGAACAUUCAAUAUAACAGCAAAGCAAAGAUACCAAGCCAUCCUGAUAGCUACGAUAUAGUUUAUAGUGCGAACAUUUACUCAUAAAAUCUAUUCGUUUACAAGAAAUCAGAAAUGUUCAUGAUCCACUCUUGAUCAUCCAAGCUGCUUGCACAUAUGUGCAUCAACCUACAUAGUGCCUGUUCCCUUGAUCCUGUUCCCUCAUAUUUAAUUAACACUCUGUCUCCUUCUCUUGCUCUGCCCCUCACUAAAAUAUUCAAUAUCUUCCUCUCCUGGCAUAUUUCCUUCAUCUUUCAAGCAUGCAACAGUAACCCAUUAUGUAGCGCAUUAUACUCCAACCUCUCCUUCAUCCCGCAUGUCAAGUCGAUUGCCAAAUCCUGCCAUUAUCAUCUCAAAAACAUAGCACGCAUCUUCCUAUUCACCUGUACCUCCUACAUCUCCACCCUCUGUCAGUUCCUACAUUGGCAUCCCAUAAAAUAGAGAGCUUUAAAAUUAAAUUUAAAAUUCUUAGGGGGCAGGCCUUUCCCUUCCGUAUCCUAACCCUUGCCUCUCUCCGAUAGGCAUUGGCUGUAUGAAUGAUACUCCACUCCCCCCAACCCCCUUAUUUUUUCUCUUCGCCUCCUUUCUCUUUUCCUUAUUUUCCCUCCCCACACCUUGCUUUCUCUUCUGCAUCUGUCAUAAAAAGAAAAACUAAGCCAUCAUUGAAAACUAUUCUAGCAACCUACUUUUCUACCCUACCUUUACUUUUUGUGUUAUUAUACCCCACUCUCUCUAGGAUUGGCCAUCAACCCCCUCUGUUCCUGUCAGUCUAACUCAUCUGGUUAAAAAUACUUGUCUGUUAUCCCACCCAUUGUACAGCAUGGAGGAAUUUUUUGGUGCUUUUUAAAUAUUAGUAAUAAUUGUAACUGAUUAACUGUUUUAUUUAAAGGAACACUAUAGACACAAAGACCACUUCAUGUGCGUAAAACUUGGCAAUGCGAUGUAAUUGUCCCCUAGGAAAACAUUGAUUCAGUGCUUUUCUAUGGGAAAGUUUAAAAUGUGUGUGUGUGGUUCAGGUCUGUGGGCUACUUCCUAGGAAUGGGGAUAUUUAUUCCACAAUUCCAAUCCUGUCCACACUUUAAACAAGGCACCUCCAACUAUACUCCUGUAUUCUGAACUACAACUCCCACAAUUCUUUAGCCAUCUAUUGCAUUCAGUGACUUCUGGGAGUUGGACGCGAUCAACAUUUUGGAGACCAGAGCUUGAGAUCCCUGCUUUAUAUCCUUUCAUUAGAAAACACUGAUGGAUUUCAUAACAUGGAAGUCAUUUGUGACCCGGUUUCUUUGUUAAACAGGUUGCCAUCCAGCUGAAUGACACACAUCCUGCCCUUGCCAUCCCAGAGCUCAUGAGGAUCCUGGUUGACAUUGAGAAAUUGGAUUGGGACAAGGUAAUUUGGUGAUAUAAUGAUGGCUACUCAUGUGUUAUCUUAACCCGUAUCUACAAAUUCCACAUACAGAGCAAUGUGCCUGAGCUUAAGCCAUCAAUGAUCACACUUUGACUUGAUAAAUUAAAGGCAUGACAAUACAUGCGCAAACCAAUAUUUCAGUGAGCAUGGUUUUUAUUAUGAAACAAUUCAAUAGCCACAUAACCUUUGGAAUAGAAUUACAUGGACUUACUUGGAGGGGGAGGGGGGUUCACUAUUACAAUUUCAAACAGAAAUUUCAGAAUUGCAUAACUGGUUAACACCUUAAUAAUAGCUAAAACGAAUGUGCAGGAAACCCUAAAUUUGCAGACUAAUUACUGAAAUAGUAACAUAAUGGAAGAUUUGAAAAAAACAUGCAAACAGCACGAAAAAGUUUUAAAACCAUCUGUAUAUUGUAAAUUUAGAAGCAAUCUUGCAGUACAUUAAAUAAACAUGAUAGGCGAAACGCGCUGAUAGGUGAAACGCGCGUCAGGGAGUUCAGGGUGGCGGAUGAUAUAGAUAAGCAUGGCAAAGAUUGUUAGUCCAUUCUAAGCAGUUUGAAACUUCUACCAGACUUAGUUCAAGAAAUUUCCCGUACUUAGAGACGCAAAGAUUAAUAGUAUCUACCUCUCUAGGAAAUUGUUCUUUCCGUCAUACCAUGGAUAUGGGGAGGACGGUACUCGGGGUAUGGAUCAGUCAGGGGUAGAAAGGACAGUAUAGAGUUACAGGUUUCUGAGAGGAUAGAGCAGGGAGAGUUAGGUAUAACUUUUGUUCCUUCCCUAUCUCCCUGUGCCAUUAUACUGUUUUAAGUACAGAUUCUCCUCUCCUGUCCUCUUUUGAUCUGGUCCUCGGCACUUUAUUAUGAGAGAUCGAUAGGCUGGAAACCUAGGUUAAAAUAAGGUUAGCAUUCAUCGCUGUCUUCUGUUGACGUUUGUCAUAUAAACAAGUGGUGUAUCGAGUGAACAGGUGUUUUCUUACACUUUAGAUUAUACAGUUACAAGAGAAGUUUGUUACAGUGAUAAAAAGCAACAAUGUUACACUAGAUCAUCACUGAAGAUUUACAAUCCCAGUAGGCAGAAGUGUUAAAAACGUACCAACGGGUGAAUGAAUACCCAGUGACAUUUUACGCUAUCAGUAAACCUAGAGAUACAGGGGACAUUACCCUCAUUAUUACUGUUUUAGAGAACUGCUAUCGACCAAAAGAUAUUGGGAAUAAACUCAUCUAUCCACACACCGAUUUGUUUAAUAAUAAGCAAGGUCGUUUAUGUACACCUACUUAUUAGAUGAUAGGAUCUCUAUUCAAGGGCUAAUAAAGUCCGUAGUGGGUAUUUUACUACACUAUUUUAUAAUUAUUUUGACAUAAUUUUUUCGUUAUAUUUUGUUAUUUAUUUAUUUAUUAUUUUUGUUUUUUACCAUCACUAGAUGUGUAUUUAGUGCACUUGUUUGGGGUGAUAGUGUGUAUCUAGUGCCCCUUAAAAUUAAGGGACUUUUAAAUUAAAAUAUUAAAAGUGACGUUUUAAAAAUUGAUAAGUUUCACUAAACAUCUUAGUGUUCCUCCUGGUGUUUAAACGAAAUUGCACCGGAAUCUCCAACUUCUCUUUCUUUUCUUCUUUGGUUUAUCAACUAGGGGUUACCCCCAUGGAGGUUCUGGUUAUUUAAGGCUCUUUUCUUCUUUUUUCUUAUUCUUUAAAUGAAUGUUAAAUAAACAUGAUGAUUAUAUUCUUUAAAUGGUAUUAAAAUGAUUAAGAUCUAUGGAAAUACUGGUGACAUACCACUGACGGUGUUAAUGUUAAUUUAUCCCUAGGCCUGGGAUGUAACUAAGCGGACCUGUGCAUACACCAACCACACAGUGUUACCCGAAGCCCUGGAGCGCUGGCCUGUUCAUCUCUUUGAGAAACUGCUCCCUCGCCACCUGCAGAUUAUCUACGCCAUCAACCAAAAACACCUGGAUGUAAGCCUUGUGUCAAGAUUUAAAGGGCUAUUCAAUAAAGUGUGAAUUGCCAGCAAUGCAAAGGGAAUUGUAUAUUUUAGACCAAACUAGUGAAAAAAAUAAAUAAAUAAAAAUCUGAGGAUUUUUCUUUUCCUAAAAUCUGACACUGUUUGAAUUCUUGACAAUGUACACUUUAAUGACUAGCCUAAUUUAUCUUUAAACAAUAGACUGUCAUAUAAUCCUGGUAUAAUCCCCAUAUUUUCUAAUGUUAUGUACUCUAGUGCAAAAUGGAUAGCAGUUAGCAGUUGAGGACUCGGAGGAGUAAAUUGUAUAUAAUAAGAUACUCUGUCCAUUCACAUUUCUCAGUUUGCAGUAUGUCCCAGAAUGCAUUGCAAAUGGAGCAAACCACUAAGGUUUCUGGGUCAGGUGCACAGUUUACUUCCCGUGUUUAGUCUUGUGCUUUCAAAUUCUGAUGUGGCCUCCUGUGUAUGUUGUAAUGUAACCUUUACAUUGAUAUAAUUUGUUGAUAUUUUUGCUAGCACAAUGUUUCUAUAUCAAUGUAUGUGCACAUCGAAUAUGGAGGAUCGAUCACCUAAAUAGGGUGGGAGAUAUAUUAUAUUGGGGAAUACGGACCCUUAUUGGUUUUCCAUGCACAGUUUAAAUAACUCUUACGUGUGCCUUGUUUCAUUUUGUUUAUAUUAAUUACCAUUGAUAAAGAGCAUUUAUUUAGAUACACUAUCUAGAGUAAAAUGGCCCAUGUUGUUCCCCUGCAGCUAUGAAGCUGAUAAUUGGCCAUUAUUUGUAGUGUAAACCUAGUGAAAUCCCAGGGGUUUAUUUACUCAACUGCAAGUUUUGCUGACAUGACAGUCUGAGAAGGUUUGAACAUUCCGACCUCCACAAAAUCUCCACAACUCAGCAGUUUUUUUUGGUUUUUUUUAUUAUCUUUCUCAGCUUGAAUUAUUAUUAAUUUAAAUUAUAUUUAAAUUAUCUUUUUCUGUCAGAUCACCACUAAUAACUAGCAUUUAUAAAUCCAAUGUGCAGGCAGACCUGACACUGUUACCGAGCUACAAAUCCAGGCAGGUGUAUGAUUCAUUAGUGUGACAUGCCAGGAUUCAAGUGAAUUGCAAAUCUUAGGCCACAUUAGCCUCACUCAGCAUUUGUUAUCUGGAUAUUAUGGGAGUUCUAAUUUGAUAGCUAGAGAGCUUUUCCUUUAUUUUAGAUGAGCGGGGUUGGAUAAACUCCUGUUUUUAUCUCCCUGAGGCCUUAACCCCACAUUAUGUAAUCUUAGAUCAUAUAAAAUUAGGUGGUAGCUAACUUGUACUAGUUUACACAUCAGUGCAAUUAAUGGGAACUCUUCUGUCAGGUCUUUGCUAGGGAAAAUAAUUUCACAAUUGCAAAGUGCUGGAACCCGGGGGAUUUGUCACCAGUCUAUAUAUAUAUAUAAGACAUCACCUCACCCUUCUAAAAGUCUUACAUGCUUUGUUUUUCUUCUUACUCUUCUCCCAACACCCAGGAAGUUGCAGCCUUGUAUCCUGGUGACUUUGAUCGUCUUAGAAGGAUGUCCAUUAUUGAAGAAGGCGACUGUAAACGAAUUAACAUGGCUCAUCUGUGUGUGAUCGGGUCUCAUGCUGUGAAUGGAGUGGCCAGAAUUCACUCAGAAAUUGUUAAAAAUACAGUGUAUGUAUCAAGGGAGAAUAUCUUCUGCACCUUGAAUGCUAUUUAUAAAGCACCAACACAUUCUGCAGAACUGUACACGAGAUAUAGUUUUAAAAAAACAGUAGUUGCAACAAGACAUGAUGGACAUACAGGAACAGAAUGUGCCGAGUGUCAUUUUUAAACAAGCUAGCAUUCUAACGGGUGGAAUGCCCAACUAUUUGCUCUUGAUCAUUGUAAAUGCAAAUCUCAAAAUCUCCAACAUGCCGCUUGGAGUGAGAGCCAUUAAUUAACCACAGCUUUAGACACAUUGGGGUGAAAGUAUUCUCUUGAUUUAAAGUACUAAAAGUGGGGGAAUCGCCGUGGAAACCACUGGAAGCAGCAUGCACAUUCCAUUGGUUAUUUUUCCCUUUUUAAAUAUUUGCACCACUUAUUAGAACAGAACACUUUGAUAAACCUCCCUGUAGUUUGUAAAACCAGAUAGAUUAAUUUGUAUCAUAUUGUGACUGUAAAAACAAGAGCCAUAUUAUAGAGCGGCCAUUAAAGGGACACUCCAGCGCCAGGAAAAUAAAUCGUUUUCCUGGCACUGCAGGUCUCCUCUCCCUCCCACCUCCCAUCCCAUGUUGCAGAAGGGGUGAAAACGUUCCUCGGCGGUGGUUUCAAGUCCGCCCAGACUCCUCCCCCGCCGUCAUCUGGCGGGGGAGACCUAAUGCGCAUGCUGGACAAUAUGGCACGCGCAUUAGACCUCUCCCUGUGCUUUCCUAUGGGGAAUUGAGCGAUGCUGAAGGUCCUCACAUAGCGUGAGGACGUCCAGCGAAUCUAUAGCACAGAAAACCUGUGCUAUAGACCAGGAAGUGCCCUCUAGUGGCUGUCUGCUAGACAGCCACUAGAGGAGGAGUUAACCCUGCAAUAUAAUUAUUGCAGUUUAUGAAAACAGCAAUAAUUACAGCUGCAGGGUUAAGGGUAGUGGGAGUUGGCACCCAGACCACUCCAAUAGGCAAAAGUGGUCUGGGUGCCUGGAGUGUCCCUUUAACAAGCAUUUAAAUUUCUCUAAUGUACUUCAGAUUAAGUUAUUUCUUAGACAGGGGUGCCCUUUUAACCCAGACUUGGAUUUUACAAGACAGACUAUUAUCCAAACGGAAAUACUUUAACAAAUACCCAGCCCUCUGCCCUACACAUGAAUGGUUCUAUACUAAACCCUGUAAAGUAUGUUUAUACUUGGGUUUCUCUUUCCCUAUUCCAAUACCAAAGCAUGCACAGUGUUCUCCAAUUUUACAAAACUGUGCAAUUGUGUAAAACACUGCAAUAAAAUUGGUUGAUGAAAGAAAUGAAUGAUUUUCCAUUACUACUAUAUUUCAACAAACACAACAUUCCACACAAAAAAAACUGUUCUAGCUUAGCCCUGGAAAAGGUUAAAAAUUAGCAAAAUGUGUCAGAACAAAACAUGCAGAACAUAAUACAUAUAGCAAAAUGUGAAAGAAAAUAGCACAGUGCAAACAAAUUAUAUAGAACCAUGUCAACAGAUGAGCUCUGAUUGUCUGCAAGCAAUGAGUCAUUUGAGAGCAAACUUGGAGUUUUAUCUCAGAUUGCACUUGGCCCAAUGAUGGCUUAUUCUGAACACGUUUUAUGUGGAUCAAUAUAAAAUACUCAAGAGAGUGAAAAAAUUAAUUACAUUGUAUGGUCUCACGCAGAUACAAAGUUAUUUAACUUGCCCUCAAGUUUUUAUUUUAUUUUUAUUUUACAGCUUUAAAGAUUUUUAUGACUUGGAGUCCACUAAAUUUCAGAACAAGACUAAUGGUAUCACUCCUAGAAGGUGGCUAAUGUUGUGUAACCCUGGCCUGGCUGAUAUCAUUGCAGAGGUGAGGAGUCUUGCCACAGCCCAGGCUGUCAGAGGGGUUUUAUAUGCUGAACAGUUCACUUCUUAAUACAUAAACCCCAAAGAAUGUGCUGUUUUAUUGUUAUGUGGUCCCUUUACUGGUAUGUGCACUGGCUGGAUGGAAUUUUAAUGAGGAUUCAGUGCUUAGAGUAUCAGUACAUUCUAUGCUUUUCACACAGCUGGUCAUAGUCAUUUAAAGAGGGAUUUAACUUUACAUAUUAACAUUUGUUUCCAUGAUAUUCUUGCCUGAGCAGAGUAAGCACAGCAUGCAUUUGUUGUAGAUACUUGCUGUCUAUACUCACUACAAAUGUUUAGAAAAGGGGUCCUCAUCAAUAUAUGCCCCAGCCAAACAAAAGUUUUUGUUUACGGUUAGUUGAUGUUGACUUAUGCAUGUUAUCAGACAUUUGACAUAACUAAGCACACUAGAUAAGACCUAAUUUGUAUUUUCUUUGCAGAAAAUUGGAGAGGAUUUUGUGACCGACUUGAGCCAGCUGAAGAAAUUGUUAGAUUUUGUGGAUGAUGAGAGCUUUGUCCAUGACAUAGCUAAAGUUAAGCAGGUAAAGUGCUGUGUUACUACAGGAAAGCAGUGAUGGUUCUUGAUACACGGUUUAGAUAUUUAAAUUCCCCCCCACCCCCCCCACACAAGAAAAGUAUUUGGCCUUGUUAUUGUCAGAAUAAUUAAUUGCCGUAAUAUAUGUUAGGUUUUGCUAUCCAGUUAUCCACAUGAGAAUCUUUCAUUAACUAAUUGAAUAGUAACUUAAAGGGACACUAUUGUCACCAAGAACACUUCAUCUCAUUGAAGUGGUCUAGGUGCAGUGCCCCUGUCCCCUUAACGUAAAACAUUGCAGUUUCAUAGAAACUUCAGUGUUUACAUUGCAGGAAUAAGACAACCUCUAGUGGCGUCUUCUCACGGACAUUAUUACGCUUUGCCCUAAUGUGCGUGUGGCUCUUGCCAUCUAGGUAACCCCCUCACUGUGAAGUACAGGAGGAGGAAAUCAAUCCGGACUGAGUGACCUCAGUGCUGGUAAGUGAAAAAAGGGGGUUAUUAUCCCUUUUCACCUGAGGGAGUGGGGAUUGGGGUAGUCUUUUUGUUAUAGUGAGAGGGAUACUAUAGCAUUAGGCAUACAGUUUUGUGCAGUAUGGCUAACGCUAUAGCGUUCCUUUAAUUUACAAAAAAAAUAAGUUUACGGCUUAGUAAGUCUGAGACACUCCAGGAAUGUAUGCAGUUUUUCUACUUGACUUUUGUAUUAUUUUUUCUGCUCCCUAUCGCCAUCUACAGCUCUGUGGCUAUACUUUCAUCUUGCAAGCCAUCAUUUUGUUCCCAAGUCUGUUUUAGUUGUACACUAGUUACUCCUAAUAGGAACCCUACUUUUAACAUAGGGAAACUUUCUAACCAAGUUAUUAAAAGGUUACUUAUUAUAGUCCUCAUUCACUUUUUAUAUAAUUAUUUAUAUGUACAUUUCAGGAGAAUAAGUUGAAGUUUUCUGCUUACCUGGAAGAGCAAUACAAAGUGAAGAUCAACCCUUCUUCCAUGUUUGAUGUUCAAGUCAAGAGAAUCCAUGAAUACAAAAGGCAGCUAUUAAACUGUUUACAUAUCAUUGCAAUCUAUAACCGUGAGUACUACAUAGUGGAAUUAUAUGAAUUCAUUGUAUAAAUUAUGGUGAAUCAUUUUAUAUGGGCAGUAAUGGAUCACAUAUUUUAGAAAACGAUGUGGAUACUACUAUUUGAAUGGUUACAAAAAAAUGGUAGAAAAGGAUUAGAAAUGGACAAAGUGCCUUCUGAUCACCACAUAUCUCUAUCUAGUAAUAGGCAUAUACACAUUAAUAAUUUUAAUAAUAAAAUACCCUUUUUUUUAGAGAUCGUACUUUCCUUUAUUGAAUGCAAAACACAUAGAAAUAUUCACAACAUAAGUUUCUGUCAUAUCAAGCUACUUAAAGAAUUUUAAGUCUUACUCUGGUCCGUUUCCAAGUGCAUCCCAAGAUCUAGGAGAGCCGAUUGAUUGGUGUUGUAACAUAAUAUUGCACUUUAAAACUUCACAGAGAUCAAAAAAAGUAAAAAAAAAACAAACAAAAAAAAAUCCACCAAAUCAAAAUAAGUACAUUUUAAUUACAGUUAAAAAAAAUAGACAUGUGCACAGUGAACAAUGUAACUAUUAUCUUUAGGUUUCAAGACCAGGAUCCACUAACUAGCCAGAAUGUCUGUAAAUCCCAACUUUAGCACAGAUAAUGUAUUCAGGGGAUCAAUCAUUUUCAUUGAGAACAAAUGUACCAGUAGAAAUAUCCUACUUUUAUGGUUUUAAGGACCGUAUUGGUUUUGGGGGGAAGGGACAUCUACUGUCAUUAUAGGAGUACUGUGCAUAAUAGAUGUCUGAACACAUAUCCAAAUUCAGUAUAUUUAAUUUGUGAUAUUGGCAAUUAACAUUAGUAGAAACAGUGUUGGAGAAAUUCCUGAAAUAGUAGACAUGUACUAUUAAAAUCUUUAAGAUUUACUCCCUGUAGUGGUUUUUUAAUUAAAAUUUUAAAUAUUCCUUAGUCAGUCUGCUCAGAAUUAUACCAUUCAUAUAGUCUACUUCAGUUUACUGUUAUAAUCCAUACAAGCUCUGUUAUAUUACAGUACCAUAGAGGUCAAAUAAAAGUUUAACACACGUCAUUUGCCGUUUAUUGUUGAUCUCCUUACCAUAAUAGACAGAGCAAGAAAUGAAAUCAUACCGUACUGUGAUCCAUAGGAAACGAUUUAAGAAAAUAUAUAUAUUUUUAAAAAAAUAAAUGAACAGUUAUUUAGACUGAAUCAAUGUUGUGUUUAUAGUCAUAUGGAAGACCUCAAAAUUGUGGGAAUUGACCUCGAAUAUAACUUGUAUACAGUGAAACUGUCACAUAGGGGGCUUUUUCUUAGUAAGUUAGUUUUCUUACAAAGUUAGUUUAGACAUCCUGUAGUUCUGAUGAAACUCUCUCUUAUUAAUUUUGUUGAUUGUCUGUGAACCCUCCCACAUCCAAAACUUAAUAUAUUAAUCUUGCUGAGAGCCUAGUGAUUAUAUUUAGUUAGAGCAACCAAGUAAAGGAAUUUAGGGUGGAAAACCAUUUUAUAGAGCCUUUUCAGAAUACAGCUUACAGCAUUACUACAAAUAAAUACAAAGCUCAUUUAGAAAGCAGUGCUAUGUACCAGUUUUGUUCAAACCUAGAGUGUGGAGCAUUUUGGCAACGUUUUAGUAACCAACAUCUGUCCCUCCACUCACUUUUGCCAAAAAUACCCCCAUCCCCAGGUGACUGGUGGUCCCCAAACCCGUAUAAACUAAAGCCCUACCUACCCCCCUCACCCUAAAAAUAGUAGGGGGUAGAGAACAAUAAAACUAAACUCCUGUAAAUAGAAAAAAAUAAAAUAAAAAAUUUACCAUUUCAUGUUUUCUUUUUUCAGCCCCCCAAAAAGGCCAAAUUAAAACCCCUUAAAGCCCAUCUAACUUAAAAAUAAUAAAUAAUUGCUCUGAUAUGUAAAUGGUGAGCCUUACAGGUAACCAAUUGGGUAAGGCUCACUAUUUACCCAUCAGAGCACUCUUAUUGGUUGUCUUAAACCAACCAGAGCGCUCUGAGUCAAAUUGCAGGGUAUGGGAAGGCUUUUUGCGUCAGUUUUUUUUUUUUUUGUCGCUCAGGUCUUUUUUUAUUAUAUAAGUUUGACGGCUUUAUGAAUUUUAAUUUGCCCUUUUUGGGGGCUGAAAAAAAGAACGUUUUAGAAAAAAGACAUCAAAUGGUAAGUUUAAAAAAAAAAAAAUUAUUUACAGGUAUUUAGUUUUAUUGCCUCCUCCCCCCCCCCCCUCACUAUGGUUAGGUUGAGGGGGGUUAGGCAGGACUUUUUUAUUUUUUGGGGGUGGGUGGUGACUAGGGGCUUGGUCCCCACCCGUCACCCAUGGCAGGGGACCUGGGGAGGGACGAUGACAAUAGAUCUGUCCCCCCCAUUGUCUUUUAGGGCCCUCAUCCGCCGCUCAUGGGUGGGGUCCGGGGAGGGAACAAUAGGUACCUCUCCGGUCAUCUAGGGGAGACCCUAUGUCCCUUAUUUAGUUGAAUAGCCCCCAAUCACAGGGCAUGAGUGGGGGUCGGGGGGGGGGCACUGUCUCCUCCACUUUUUAAAAGAUGCCCCACCAUGGGGCUAUUUAUUAGAAGGGGUAGCUUUUUUUAAAAUUAUUUUUACAACAGUGAGCAGCCACAGGAUGCUCACUGUUUAGUAGAUAUGCCCCUACUCACGGCAUAGCGAGUAGGGGCAUUCAGGAGAUCUUAAUCUCCCUUAUGUUAAUAUGGGGGUCAUAGUGAGGACAUGGGGCAAGAGGGCUUAGGAAGUGGCGGGGAGCAUGGCUCCCUGCCGCUUCUGGUAUUACAUAUUACAAGGAGGGAGCUGCGUGCCUGUAGCUCCCUCCUUGUAAUAAACUAAACAAACGAACACCGACAUUCGGUGUUUGUUUGUUCGUAUGAAAUUUCUAUUCAUUCAUUCGUAUUUCUGACGAAUGAAUGGAUGAAAUUCCUGUCCGAAUUUUGGACAAUAGCGAAUGCCCAAGUGUUUAACUGGGCAUGCUUGGGAAUUUCACAGUGCUAUCUAGUGUGGGCAGAUGACGUAUCCCACAGAGACUUCAUCUGCCCACACAAAGAUGGCGGCGCCCAGAACCUAGGUCCGGGCAUAAAAUAAAGAUGAAAAAUUUGGUAAAUUGGGGGGCAAUUAGAUGUAGUGGAGUUGGGAGUGGGAUUAAAAAAAAUUAAACAGAUGCUGCCAUGAUACUGCCGCUUUAAAGGACCACUAUAGUGCCAGGAAAACAUACUCGUUUUCCUGGCACUAUAGUGCCCUGAGGGUGCCCCCACCCUCAGGGACCCCCUCCCGCCCGGCUCUGGAAAGGGGAAAGGGGUAAAAACUUACCUUUUUCCAGCGCUGGGCGGGGAGCUCUCUGCCUUCUCUCCUCCUCCGAUCCUCCUCCUGGGCUGAAUGCGCACGCGCGGCAAGAGCUGCGCGCGCAUUCAGCCGUCGCAUAGGAAAGCAUUUACAAUGCUUUCCUAUGGACGCUUGCGUGCUCUCACUGUGAAAAUCACAGUGAGAAGCACGCAAGCGCCUCUAGUGGCUGUCAAUGAGACAGCCACUAGAGGAUUAGGGGGAAGGCUUAACCCAUUCAUAAACAUAGCAGUUUCUCUGAAACUGCUAUGUUUAUAAAAUAAUGGGUUAACCCUAGAAGGACCUGGCACCCAGACCACUUCAUUAAGCUGAAGUGGUCUGGGUGCCUAGAGUGGUCCUUUAAAUGUGCACAGGGAUAUCCAAGGCAAAAGAGGUUCCGCUAAAAGCAAGAAUAUCACACUACACUCCCCUAUCUAUUUUGAUCUACAAUUCCCAUAAUGCUGUGCAUGUCUAAGGAUUGCAGAGAAUUAUAAGCGUAGUUCAAAAACAUUUAAGGUUCUUAGUAUGAUCUGCAUUUAUUACAGUUACAUUUAUUAACAAAUUAUUUGUGUUCCAGGAAUCAAGAAAGAGCCGUCCAAAUCAGUUGUGCCAAGAACAAUUAUGAUUGGAGGAAAGGUAAUACAUUUAUUAAAUAUUAGCUAACUCAUAGCCGCUCAUUUAUUUAGUCCUAAAGUGUAAGGUAUGUUACCGAGCGUAAAAAGUGUGUAAAUGUGAUAUAACGAGGAUACUUUUACAGCAUUUAAGAAUUGCAAAUAUCCGGUAGUUUAAAUCACAAAUAAAGCAGGAUUUACCGAUUGGCCCUUGCAGCAAAUUUCUCGGCCUAUAAUUACUGCUUUAUUGUAUUGCAGGCAGCCCCUGGUUAUCACAUGGCUAAAAUGAUCAUCAAGCUGAUCACCUCUGUUGGAAGUAUCGUGAACAGCGAUCCCGUGGUAGGAGACAGACUGAAGGUCAUCUUCUUGGAGAAUUACCGGGUGUCCUUAGCAGAAAAGGGUACUACAUGGAGCAAAGCAGCUUUUGGUUUAGAAAGGACAUAUUUUUCCAAUACACACAGCUGCAAGCACUGGUGCAAAGGAACAUAGCCUGGUUUUAACUAACAGCUUAGUUGGUAGGCAGCAUCAGUUGAUGCAAAUGUAGUGCUUUCAGAAUUUAAGGAAUUUAUGCGGUGGUUUGAUUUUCACUUUAGUGUUCUUAAAGGCAGCACUAAACUAUGGCCGUUUAAUGGUUAUUUACAACCCAGACAGACAUAUACAGCGCCCUCCACUAACAUUGGCACCCUUGGUAAAUAUGAGCAAAGAAGGCUGUGAAAUCUGGUCUUUGUUUACCCUUUUAAACUUUGGUUAAAAAAUAAAAAAAAUAACACAAAAAUACUGUUCUCAUGGAUAUCACGUAAUUGCAAACACUACACAGAUUUAUAAAAUAUAAAUAAAUAUAUUUUAGUUAUUUAUUGGCACCCCUAUGAAUUCAUAUCAGAAAAAAAUACAUUUGCAGUGUAUUUCCAUAGAUUUAUUUUUUAGUACACCUGGGUGACUAGGAAUAGGACAUUGUUCCCAUGAGUAAGACCAAGGAAAAAUCUCUGUGAUGUGCGGCAAAAGGUUGUUGAGAUUCAAAAAAAUGGGAAAAGGACGUGUCUAUAUUGUCUCCUCUGUGAAGAGAAUGGUAGGAGUUGCCAAUAAAAAUCUCCAAGGAUCACAGUUGAAGAAUUGCAGAAGUUAGUUGUGACUUUGGGUCAGAAAGUCUCCAAAACUACAAUCUUAGCAAGGGAUCUGAAUGAAUGGUGUCAGAUCCCUUGAUAUGUAUUCUCCAAUCUCAUAAGACGUUAGAGGAGAAGACUUAGAGCUGUUAUCUUGGCAAAAGUAGACACAAAGUAUUGACUAAAAGUUUGCCAAUAAUUGUUCCACACAUAUAGCUUAAAUAUCUUUUUGGGAUAAACCUUUGUUGAAUUUGCAAUUUUUGAAAUCCCUUAGAGCAGGAUAUUUUUUUGAACAGAACAUCAAAAGGGUAAAUCUUUUUUUUUUUACACAGUCCUCUUUGCUUAUAUUUACCAAGGCUGUCAAUAGUAGAGAGUGGAACAUUCUGAGAAUCUCUCUGAACACACUAUUUUUUUUCUUUUCAGUGAUCCCAGCCUCCGAUCUAUCUCAGCAAAUAUCCACGGCAGGCACCGAGGCUUCUGGUACUGGGAACAUGAAGUUUAUGCUUAAUGGGGCUCUCACCAUUGGUACCAUGGAUGGAGCUAAUGUGGAAAUGGCAGAAGAAGCUGGAGAGGAAAAUCUUUUCAUCUUCGGCAUGAGAGUGGAGGAUGUUGAAGCACUUGAUAAGAAAGGGUUUGUAUAAGUUUGACUAAUAAGCUACAUAGUGUUUUUAUUAAUACAAAAAGAAAUAUAUAUAUUUUUUGUAACAUUCUAGCAAAAACACAGAAAAGCACUAAAACAAGAGGCUUACAAAUAUUUCAGCUACAGCAAGAGCGGAUACCUUUCCAAUCCAUGCGUCUGAGGACAAGGGCAUUCUGUGUCAUGUGAUCAUAGACAUGUCAGUGCAUUCUCAGUAAAUUUAGACAGAGCCUUAUGUUUGCAUGAACUUGACAAGAAGUUUAUUUUUAAAGGAAUACUCAAGUCACAAAGCAUUUCAUCCUGCUGGAGUCUAUAAUUUUUUGACAACUUAUAAAGUGGCCAAUUCCACCACUUGUAUAAUUGGGGGCAGAAAACUCCCCCUGGCUGUCGUUCCAACCCACCCCUGCCCCUCAACCAGUUCCAGAUUUAGGGAUUACUCAGUUGAGCCAAGGUGUGUUUUUUUUUUUUUUUUUCUCCUCCUUCUAAAAACACAUAAACACAACUGGGUAAUCACUGAAUCCUGGAAUGGUAGGGAACAUAAUGACCCAUGAUUUGGGAACCACUACGUUGACUAAAGGAAGUGGCAUUCAUGCUAAAUUAGAGUGCACCUGUACAACAGUUCAUUAAGAAGCAUAGGAAAACUUCAGCACAGAUGUACGAUCUUACUGAACAGGUGGUCUCGAGAAAUGGCAGAUUCUGAGAAACUAAUAAAAUUGAUCAAUGUUAUAAAAAUGUUCUUCCCAGUCUGUAAACCUAGUGCUAUAUAUCAUUUGAAACCCCAUUAGAUGACAAAUCAUAAAUAUUUUAAACUCAUCAUAGCCAUGACCGCGUAAUACUAAAUUGUAUUAUUUUAACAAAAAAGGUACAACGCAAAGGAUUAUUACGAUCGCAUACCUGAGCUGCGACAGGCAAUUAAUCAGAUGAGGGAUGGACACUUCUCUCCAAGAGAACCAGAUCUGUUCAAAGAUUUGGUCGAUAUGCUGAUGAACCACGACAGGUAAGAUAUUAGGGAAUCCAGGACCUCAUAUUCUUACAAUACACAUCUCACUGUAUACGAAUAUAGUCCAGAAUAAUAGAAUUUGGCACCUGGGAGUUAUUUGUUCUUUCCAAUGCACCAUGUGAAAUGAAAUUUCAAAAAUAAAACGAUUCUAAAUUCUCAGCAACGUUGCCAGACAAAAAAAAACUACUAAACCAGUUUUAGAUUAUAUAAAACCAGAGGAACGAACUUGGUAAGAUAUAUAUAAUGCAUUACAUAUAUACUAUAAAAGCACAAUUUUACAUUGCCAAAAUGUGUGUUUUUUCCCUUCUUAAAAUAAAUGCAAGUAUAAGUUUCCAUUUAUAAAUGCUUAGGAAAAAAACAAAACAAAAACAGUCAAUAUAAUUCAUAGUUACAUCUUUUUAUUAGGGCCGCAUGUUGGACAUUCAUAGAAAACCAACUUGUUUCCAAAGAGAGUUUAUGACAAAAGCGACUAAGAAAAAGGUCUUAUAACAAAAUGGUUAAUUAUUGAUAGCAAUAGUUUCUCAGUUUCGUACCCCAGUAUUUGCUAUUAAAGCUUUUGUAUAUACAGUGAUUCCAAAAGUGAACCUGUCAUCCACACAUUUUAAGGUAUCGAUUUUAAUAAUCUUAUUUUGAUAAUAUGGUAUUAUGGGAUGGCCAGCUGUGCAUCUACAUUGCAGGCUGUGAAAUGCUGGCGUGUCACUUCGGGGCAGUAGAUUUUGUUUUCUGUCUAAUUCGUAUAACCAGUUCGCUUACUAGAUACCUUCUUUUUUUCAUCCUUUCACAGGUUUAAGGUGUUUGCUGAUUAUGAGGCAUAUAUAAAGUGCCAGGAGAAAGUGGACCAGUUGUACAUGGUAAGCCUGAGAUGUCACUUUUGUAUUGAUUAGGAUUUCCGUGUGCUAAUGAGGUUAAAUAUAUUUCUGUAUAAAUGCAUCAGCGCUCAAUAACGUUACAAGAAACACCAAACAAAUGUGGAAAUUAACCAAACUACUUAAAGGACCACUAUAGUGCCAGGAAAAACUUGUUUUCCUGGCACUAUAGUGUUAAUAGGUCCCGUCCCCCCCCAGCACCCUCAUGGCCCCACUCCCGCCGGGCUCAAGAGGGAGGAAGGGGUUCAAUUCUUAACUUUCUCCAGCACUAGGCUCCCUCACCGCUGGGGACUCUCCUCCUCCUUCUGAUGUCAUCGGCUGAAUGCGCAAGACGUUGGCGUCUUCUCACUGUGAAAAUCACAGUGGGAAGCGCCUCUAGCGGCUCUCAAUGAGACAGCCACUAGAGACUGGAUUAACCCAUAUAUAAACAUAACAGUUUCUCUGAAACUGCUAUAUUUACAGCAGGCAGGGAUGGACCUGGCACCCAGACCACUUAAUUGAGCUGAAGUGGUCUGGGUGCCUAUAGUGGUCAUUUAAGGUUAUAGCAAAGAGUAGAAAAUAAAGCGGUCGCCAAUAGAGUUGAAAAUGGACAAUAAUAGUAUUUCAGUUUAAAAUAAAACUACAAAAUUACAUUAAUUAUUAUUAUCACCAUUUAUAUAGUGCCAGCAGAUUCCGUAGCGCUUUACAAUAUUGUUGAUGGGGGGGAUUUAAUUAUAAAUAGGACAAUUACAAGAAAACUUACAGAAACGAUAGGUUGAAGAGGGCGCUGCUCAAACGAGCUUACAGUCUAUUAAUAUGCAUAAACAUUUGAAAAUGUUUAAUAAUGGAAACAAAUGCAUUUUAAAUUUAAGAAAUCAUCUAACCAUGACUUUAUGAAAUAAAUAACGUAAGAGUGAUUUCUAUUUUCUAGAAAAAGAGUUGAAACUUUUCUUUUCUAAAGAUUUAGAAAGCACCUUACCUAAACCAAUCUUAUUUUAAUGUGUAAACACAUAUAACAAUAUGCUAUACAGACCUAAAUGACACAAUGAACAGUACAUAAAAUUAAUACAUUUUAGAAAGCUAUUUUUAGAUCCUUGAAUAUCCACUAUGUAAGAUAAUUAUUUUUACAUUGCACUCACGUAAACAUUUGUAAAACUCCUGCCUCCCUUCUACUCUGUUUAUGUGAAGCCAGAGUAUAAUCAUCUUUCUCUAUGUCUUUAUCAUACGUACCCACCAGACACCCUUUACUAUAAGCAACAUAGAAAAGUAAAAAUAUUAAGUAAAUAAUCCCAGUGUGAUAUCAAACAAGAUGUAUACGUUGUUGCAGAAUGUACGUGCAAAAUUCAUAACAACCUUAAUUCUUAAACAUUGGCAUAAAAAAAAAUAAAAAAAUUAUAUAUAUAUAUAUAUAUAUAUAUACACACACACACACACACACAGCUCAAAAAAAUAAAGGGAGCACUUAAAUAACACAAUGUAAUUCCAAGUCAAUCACACUUCUGUGAAAUCAAACUGUCCACUUAGGAAGCAACACUGAGUGACAAUCAAUUUCACAUACUGUUAUGCAAAUGGGAUAGACAACAGGUGGAAAUUAUAGGCAAUUAGCAAGACACCCCCAUAAAGGAGUGGUUCUGCAGGUGGUGACCACAGACCACUUCUCAGUUCCUAUGCUUCCUGGCUAAUGUUUUGGUCACUUUUGAAUGCUGGCGGUGCUUUCACUCUAGUGGUAGCAUGAGACUACAACCCACACAAGUGGCUCAAGUAGUGCAGCUCAUCCAGGAUGGCACAUCAAUGCGAGCUGUGGCAAGAAGGUUUGCUGUGUCUGUCAGCGUAGUGUCCAGAGCAUGGAGGUGCUACCAGGAGACAGGCCAGUACAUCAGGAGAUGUGGAGGAGGUCGUAGGGGGGCAACAACCCAGCAGCAGGACAGUUACCUCCACCUUUUUGCAAGGAGGAACAGGAGGAGCACUGCCAGAGCCCUGCAAAAUGACCUUCAGCAGACCACAAAUGUGCAUGUGUCUGCUCAAACGGUCAGAAACAGAUUCCAUGAGGGUGGUAUUAGGGCCUGACGUCCACAGGUGGGGGUUGUGCUUACAGCCAGAGAACACCAAGAUUGGCAAAUUCGCCACUGGCGCCCUGUGCUCUUCACAGAUGAAAGCAGGUUCACACUGAGCACAUGUGACAGACGUGACAGAGUCUGGAGAGGCUGUGGAGAACGUUCUGCUGCCUGCAACAUCCUCCAGCAUGACCGGUUUGGCAGUGGGUCAUUAAUGGUGUGGGGUGGCAUUUCUUUGGGGGGGGCGCACAGCCCUCCAUGUGCUCGCCAGAGGUAGCCUGACUGUCAUUAGGUACCGAGAUGAGAUCCUCAGACCCCUUGUGAGACUAUAUGCUGGUGUGGUUGGCCCUGGGUUCCUCCUAAUGCAAGACAAUGCUAGAUCUCAUGAGGCUGGAGUGUGUCAGCAGUUCCUGCAAGACGAAGGCAUUGAUGCUAUGGACUGGCCCACCCGUUCCCCAGACCUGAAUCCAAUUGAGCAUAUCUGGGACAUGUCUCGCUCCAUCCAGCACCACAGACUGUCCAGGAGUUGGCAGAUGACCAUCCGCCACCUCAUCAGGAGCAUGCACAGGCAUUGUAGGGAGGUCAUACAGGCACGUGGAGGCCACACAUACUACUAAACCUCAUUUUGACUUGUUUUAAGGACAUUACAUCAAAGUUGGAUCAGCCUGUAGUGUGUUUUUCCACUUUAAUUUUGAGUGAGACUCCAAAUCCAGACCUCUAUGGGUUGAAAAAUUUUAUUUCGUUUUUUUAAUUUUUGUGUGAUUGUGUUUUCAGCACAUUCAACUAUGUAAAGAACAAAGUAUUUCAGAAGAAUAUUUAAUUCAUUCAGAUCUAGUAUGUGUUAUUUUUGUGUUCCCUUUAUUGUUUUGAGAUAUAUAUAUAUAUAUUGUUAAUACAAUGUUAAACAAAAAUCUGCCCACCAGUCAAGCCAUAAGACUUGCUUUUCCCACAGAAAUCCCAAAUCUGCAGUGAUGUUACAACCGGAAAGGAUUCUGGGUGGGCAUAUGCAAAUUAGUUUAACAAAGAAUCACAUUUUUGCCUCAUUCCAUUGUAAACAUGGAUUCCUUUUAAUCUGUGUUUGCAGUAUACAACUGCUUGGAACCCAAUUUAGGAAAAGAUGCAAAACCAGUGAACCACUCAUGGACAGCAGUUUCGUUGUUAAUGCAACUCGUCAGCAAGAGGUUGGUUACUGGUUUGCUAAUGGAGGCUUGGUAGUGCUUGGGAAGCAAAAUCCAAAUAGGUUAUGGUGGGGAAAAAUUGUGAUUGAAAACCCCUUCCACCUGAAGUCUGUGGAUAGUUAAUACAAUGUUAAAUAAAAAUCUGCACACCAGUCAAGCCAUAAGACCUAUAACAUAUAUAUAUAUAUAUAUAUAUAUCUCAAAAUCAAAACAAGUCAUGUACAUGUGAAUAUAUAGGAGAGGGAAUUAAGUUUAAGAUGGAAGUCCACCACUUCUGCUUCAACCAGAAAUUUUGAUUCCUACACUGGACAGAAGUUGUGGCUUUCAAGGUUGCAUUGUGUUCUCCUUAAGAUGGCAAUCAAUUUUUGAAAUAACAUUCAUAUGUGACUUUAUUUUCUAUUUCAGAACCCCAGGGAGUGGACCAAAAAAGUAAUAAAGAAUAUUGCUUGCUCUGGGAAGUUUUCUAGUGACAGGACAAUUAGUGAAUAUGCAACAGAGAUCUGGGGAGUUGAACCAUCAGCAGUGAAGAUCCCACCACCAAACAUACCCAGGGAAUAAAAUUAUGAGGUUGCAUGUGCUCUAUGUUCUCCACUGCUAGUUUGGUUGGUUCAGGAUUAGUGUUUAUCCACCAGUUGUGACUUAGAACCACUUUCCCAUUAAAGCUUAUUUUUGUCUCUGGGGAGGAAAAAAAAUUAAAAAAAGAUUGCUUUCAUUGUGUUUUCCUAAACCAACUGUCCUCCAGUAACACAUCAUAAAUCCAACCUCACAAUAUUCAGUAUAUCCAGAAGUGACCAAAGAUUAUAGUACACAGGUCUUCUGCAUGGCAAGAAAAUAAUUAUUCAAGGCCAAUUAGUAUUCUGGCUAUUUCAAGUUACCCUCUACAUCGCCAUGUUCUUGGACUUUUAUCCAUAAAGAGCAGGUGUCUUUACAAAUACACCUCACAGACGCAGUAGAACCAUGGCGUUCCUUAUAAAGACCAUUUAGAUAACAACACAGUGUAGAGGAUGUCAUCACCAACUGGGGGAAGUGUAAACAAUUCUGACAUCAGGCUACUAAACACUAUAACUCUUCGGUCAAGAAUGAUAUAUAGAAAAUAUGACAGCCACCUUAAUUCUUCAGAAAGUAUGUUACUGAUUGAAAAGUUUGGUUUGGGUCUACAAAAGAGCACAUUUCCCCCAGGCAUACACUUGAUUAUCAGAAUAAGCAUUCUCUGUGCUAGACUGAUGAAUAGUGUUUUAUAGGAAAACAGGCCGUUAUGGGCAUAGUUCUAGGAUUGGGCAUUUAAUGUUCUGUAACAGAAAGCAGCUGUCUGUGGGUAGACACGAAGGUGCUAUAACCACUUAGAGUACCUUCCUGAUUCACUAAUAAACCGUCCUGAGGAAUGUUGUAGCUUAUAUUAUGCUCACUGUAAGACUUUAAAAAGUGUGCGAGGAAAGAAAGUCUGAGCAAAUCCUGUGUUUAUCAUUGUAUUUGUGUUUCUUUGUAAAAGCAGAAUUGCUUUCUUAUUUGUGUGUGUGAUAUUUAAAGUACUGUAUUUCUAAACUAAAUGAUUUGCACGAUCACUCCUGUUUGAGGCUCUUGGGACUGACACCUUCCACUAUUUUAAGCCAAUACCUACAGAAGUUUUCAGCACUCAGACCGUUUAUUGAUGGAAUGCAAAAAUGUGUGUAGGAACCCAUACAAUUCCACAGCUUUAAACACAAAGCACUUACAAGCCAUUUUGCACUUGUGUAAUUUGAAAUGUUUACUGUAAAUGAGACAUUCUGUAAUGGCAUUAGUCUCUUAACUACCUUGUUUAUGUACAAAAAUAAUACUCCAAUUAAAUUUAUGGGCAAAAACAUUGCUCCACGAGGUCUAUACGGAAAUAUAUUGCGGUCUGGUUUAUACCAAACGUAUCAAUAAGUGUGUCAGAACCUCUGCAAAACACCUCCUAUAUAACAAAGAAAAAACAAAAGUAAACAACCACAGGAAGGGAGUAACAUUAGUAGCGCGAGACAGUUCUAUCUACUUAUCUCUAAUGUGCAGUUAGAUGCAAUUAGCGAGCCGCAUUUAAAGUACAUGGCCUCUAAGCACAAUUGUUCACUUCUACUCUCCCUCCUCCCAUUAAAUAUUGCCACAUUUUCAGUAAACUGUAAAUCACAAUGCUGAAAUUUACAUGUUUUCUAAGGCACUGAUUGGGGAGGUUUGGCAGGGCAAAAGAAGUGCUAAUCUAAAGCAACUCGCACAACAAGUUGUGAUCACAAUGAAAACCAACAGCAGAUUGCGCUAGGUUUUGCACUUUGUCUUAGAAUAGCACCUGGUUUUGCCUUGAUAAAUUCUUUUUUAAAGUUUUGAGAUAUUCCAACGCUGGUUAGAGUUCUGCUCCAUAUCAGCUAUCCCUAGGUAUAAAUUGGGAUAGUGAAAUAAGAGCAGCAAGAGUAAACUUUGCAAGGGCUUAGUCUAGGAUUAGCAUGCAAAAUGCAUUAUAAAAUCAAGACAAAGAAAAUUGAGAAAAUAGCCAUGUACCCCCCUUACACUUUCAUAUUACCAACACGUUUAGUUGAAUGGCAAUUCAAAUAUAUACACAUAGAUUUGAAUGGGUAUUAAAGAAAUGUAAAAGCGCAGUGUGGACUAUAGAUUUGGUUACAUGUCAAGUAUGCAACGAGCGUUAGAAGAUGAUGCAGAGAAAGUAUAACUGUGUGAAUGAUACUGUGUUCCUUCUCCAAGAUACUCAUUCCCCUGAGCAUCAAUGACCAAUAAACAUUUACUAAAUUAAUUCCCGGCUCUUGUAUUUUAUGGACUAGGUGGUGGCAAAGUGUGAU